AUGCUGAUCAAGGAGUACCGGAUCCCAAUGCCAAUGAGCGUGGACGAGUACCGCAUCGCCCAGCUCUACAUGAUCCAGGUGAGGCCAACAGACACCUCCAACUCCUGACCAUUCACCUCCAGGACAACACCUCCACCCCAGGGUUCAACAGAACACUCACUGGACAACAAAUCUGUACUGGAGCGGAGGGGGAGGUUUUGUUGUGUGGGCAUACUGUAUACCGGUUAUUAAAAAUAUUCAUGCCUGUAGACCGCUGAUUGGCCAGCUCAUCCUCUAUGAGGAAAUAGCAAACAUUUUUGAAACUGUCUGUUUGAGAUAUAAGUUUGAGGUGGGUUUUUUAAAGUGUUUAUUCUCCAAUAUAUGAGGAUAGGAUGAGUCAACAACAUUAUUUGGGUAUGAGUUAACAGAAUAUGAAGUUUUAAAAGUGAGAUUUUCACUGGACAGUUACUUUAACUAAGGGUUGGGCGGUAUCCAGAUCACCCCGGGAUUUACGGUAUUACCGGUUUGGGCAAAAAAGCCCAUUGGGUGUCUAUUAUCAGAAUGCUAACAGAAUUAGCACAAGUAAUAGUGAAUUUCCAUGGAGGCUGCUAGCUAAAUAUGCUAAUGAGAGCAAACGAAAAUAAACUAAUUGCAAAGACAGGCAAUCCAGCUCAUAAAGUUAUACAUAUAUAGGUAGAAUCUACUGCAUGUCAUUUUUUGUGAGUUUGGACAUUUACAAGUGAAUGUUAACGAGGGACAUUGUGCAAAUGUACAAAGUUUUGAUGCAUGCAGUACUGGCUCUUCAGCAGCAUGUCUACAUGCUGUGUCUGUGUGGAGUCUGGAGUCACUAGGGCAACGGGCCUGCCUGCUCUGUUUUGAGAAGAUGGGGGAGAAGCAGACAGGCCUCGAAAGGGAGGAGAAAAAACAAGUAAAUCAAGAUAGCAGUGGCAGCUGUACAAAUAACUCAUCCAAAGGGCUUCUCCUUGUCAAACAAGGCAGAAAGCUAACAUAAUAUGAUGCCCAUCACCUUAUUAAUUCAUCCACUAGCAAGUUAAACUAGGGGCCGUGUUAACGCAUCAUUCUGCGUUUUUCACGCAGGAAAUAAAUAUAAAACGCAUAAGAAAUAUCUUGCUCCGUUUUGUAAACACAUAUCUAAAAUGCUUCUUAUUGUAAUUUCUGCUCGGCAUCAGACUAAUUUUGUGCUUCAGUUGCACUUCUAAACUCGGAUGAGAAUUCACCAACAGGCAUUCUAUCAGCAGACAGUGCUCCCACUGAUGUGGAGCUUCUUUUCUCCGGUACUUUUCUCAGUGUAGCCAGCCUAUUUUGCUCCGGUAAAAUGCAAGAUUAACUUUAAGCAAAACGUUAGGAAAUGUAGCUGGCUACAUUCUUUAUAUGACAGGCCUUAACAUUAGAAAUAUGAUGGCCAUACAUCGUUUUUGCAAGAAUUACCUUGCUUUUUCAUUGUAAGCUCAUUUACUUGUGUGGCUGCCAGCCAAAUAGCAUUGCACUUCUGUUGUCAUCUGAUGAAAAUGAAGCUAUUUUAUGCCGAAUGUGUUGCACUAUAGUUGUACGUCCCUGAUCACUCUAGUGAAGCAAAAAAACACUGUUGACUUUCAAUAUAAAACACGACCCCUGUCAAUACACAGCUGGACUCACCUGCUCCCACUUUCUCCUGUUGUGCUAUUUGCAAACAAACACGUGACUGGCUCAACUGUGCUGGGGAACUAAGUAAGCUAAAAUAAUGUGACAGGUGAAAUAAGAACAUGAUCUGCUUUACGCAUUGCACAAGUUGACUGCAGGUAUUUACUAAAAAAAUUGCAACAAAUAUUAAAAUGUAUUGAAAAACUUCAAAUAAAUAGUUUAGACGGUAUUGAAAAAGCAUCCCCUGCCUAUUUCCAAAUACCCCGGUAUACGGUAUAUACGGUAUAUUGCACAAGCCUACUUGAACUGUUCAGCUAUCUUACCGUUAUGUCUCUCUUCUCAUCCACAGGCACCAUCGAUGAGGACGCCAGCAGUGAACUGACGAGUCACACAUAGAAGCCCCCCAGUCCCUCCCACCACCAGCCCCCCUCCCCUCCCUCUGUCCCUCUCCCCUCUUCCUGACCCCUAUCCCCCCACCCCAGACUCACCAUGCUGAUCAAGGAGUACCGGAUCCCAAUGCCAAUGAGCGUGGACGAGUACCGCAUCGCCCAGCUCUACAUGAUCCAGGUGAGGCCAACAGACACCUCCAACUCCUGACCACUCACCUCCAGGACAACACCUCCACCCCAGGGUUCAACAGAACACUCACUGGACAACAAAUCUGUACUGGAGCGGAAGGGGAGGUUUUGUUAUUGGCCCUCCUGUAGCUCAGUUGGUAGAGCAUGGCGCUUGCAACGCAAGGGUUGUGGGUUCGAUUCCCACGGGGGGCCAGUAUGAAAAAUGUAUGCACUCACUAAUUGUAAGUCGCUCUGGAUAAGAGCGUCUGCUAAAUGACUAAAAUAUAAAAAUAUUAUACAGGGGAUUUUCUACCGCGAUUGGUCAUUAAAGUGCUCAAUUAUAAAUUGAUUGGUCACACAGCGUUUAAUGUUGUAAUACAGCUGGGUUCCCAAACUGGUGUCCGGCGCCCAAGUAUUUUGCCCCCUAAGUUUUCUGAGCAAAAAAAAAUAUAUAUAAACUUAGAAUUUUAUUUGUUUGACAUAAAAUACUGUAAAAACACCAGGAAAUCAGCUCCAAGUGAUUUUAAUUUAAGCAAUCUGUUCCCAAGUAUUCCCGCGCAUAAUAGAGAGACACCUGAUCGUAUACAAAUGUAAGCAAAGUUUUAAAUGAUUUUUUUUAGUCAGCAAAUUAUUUGUAAUUAUGUUCAGGUCCCUGACCAUCCGCUCAAGAUAAAGUCGUCCCGCGGCUGAAUCUAGUUGAAUCUGGCUGCUCCUUCCUUCCCUCCCCUCCCUCAGCUGGGUGUGUGUUUUGUCCAGGGAGGGAGGGAGGGGCACUCUGCUACUCUCUUACAGCAGGCAGGAACUGCUGUGACGUGAAAGCCGGCAGUCUGAAGCUGCUAGGAAGGCCCAUUCUCCCCCAGGAGGGAUGUUUCUAAUGGAUUCAUUCUUUCUGUUGUUUAUUUAGAAGCCAGAAACAUUUUGCUUGUAGGCACUAUGUAGGGAUAAUUAAGAAGCUGCUAACACAGGAUAUUGAGAAUCACAAUCAACGCUCCUCUGAAUUCUCUUCUGUCUACUAGGCAGGUUGAUUUAACUGCAGCUGUCCCUAUUUAGCUGCAUUACAUGUAGCCAGCCCAGCCCUCUCCCUCUUCCCCUGCCUGCCUAUGUACAGUAAAUACAAUUUGUCUUUAACCUUGCUGGAUUAGAUUUUGCAAUAUCGCUCCAUAAUAGAUCUUGUUCCUACUGUAGCUGAUGGUGGUGGAAAAAAUCCGAGGAGAUUAAAGCACCACUCCUUAAUGUUGUUGCUGGUACUCUCUGGAAGGGUGCCAGGCCUCUUUGUCUACAACAUUGUUAUUUGUUAUUUUUGUGCUGUGCAUUAUCCUCCGGUGUACAUCACUGGCCACUAAUCCAGUUGAGCUCCAUUUCCCUGUAAAUGGGUUUGAACAUGGGCAUGUGAACAGACAUGCCCCAAGGCAGUCAUAAAAGUUGUGUGCCUGCUUCUUUAGUGCUUUGUCAAUACUGUAUUAAAGGGGUUGGGUACUGUGCGGACUUGUACUAGACCUGUUUAAAUAGGACUGUAUCAGAGGAAGGGUUUUGACACUAGAAGGAAGAGUGGCUGAUAAGUAAUUUCCAAAAAUGGGGUUGAGCUCCAGAGCCAUUGAUUCUGGCCCAGUGCCAUAGGUACUGGCGAACCUCAGCAAAGUGAAAAGAGAGAGAAUCCACAAGGAUAGGGUGUUUACAGGCAGGCUGAGGCAGGCAGGCAAGGGAGGAAGGAUGGUGUUAAAUUGACCUGUUGGAUCAGUGACCCAUAGUUACCUUUCCCCCUGACCUCAGCCUUCUGUGUGCAGCCUCACUCUCUCGCUGCUGUGAAGUUCCCAUUACCCAGGGCUCUGCUGACCUUUUUUACAAGGAGCACGUGUGCGCCUAAGUUGUGCACCUAAUGAAACAUAUUUGAGAUAAUAAAGCUAGAAUCCUUCACUGGUGUUCCUAAAAUAAAAUUCCAGGUCGCACAGAAAAAUAUUUAGGCGCAUAUACGAGUAAAAUGGUCACACUGUAGAGCCAUGUUACCAUGCCAACCAUGACAUCAGCAGCAUGCCGGCAGUCAGGUUUUGUUAGAGAGAGAGAGAGAGAGAGAGAGCACGUGAGAGAGGAGAAGAAACGGUGAGGAGAAGAAACAGAGAGCGUGAGGAAAAGGGACAGGGAGAGUUAGAGACGGAGCGGAAGAGGGGAGGGAAGAAACAGAGAGGGAAAUAUAUUUUAGGGAGAGUAGGAGAGGCAGGGUGUGGAUGGAUACCCUGUCUUCAUUACUGCAUGUUACCAGGGCAACCUCAGGCAGAAUGCCUGCCCCUGAUUUAUCCCCAGUGUAAGCAUGGUGGCUCAAGCCUGGGCCUCUCCGUACAAUGAAAAUCUUCUCUUUACUGUAUGAGUAUCUUCACUUCAGCAGGCCAGACUCCUCCUGACUCCAUGUUCCACACUGCUGUCUCUUGUUUACCUUCAUACCUUAUCACGCUGCCUCCUCAAUUGAUAGUUAAUUGUGAAUGUAUUAUCGCGACUGUGAUUUGCAAAGAUAUCAGAAAUGCAGGGUGUAAGUUCAAUUAAGUGGGCACUUUCUCUCUCGCUCGCUCUCUCCCUCCCCUUUCCGUAUUUAUUCACCACCCACCAUUUUGCUCUUCCAGUUUCCCUGAUCUGAUGUCGUGAGGAAUAGGCCAGGAUAUGACUCUCUCCUCCAGUCAAUACAGCCAGCCAGGUAGUUAUGAGGAAGCUGAACAGAUAGAUUACAGAAAGACUGUCCUCUAUAUUUAGUCCUUCCUGAAUAACUUCAUGUAAUGUAGCUUCCUUCCUGAAUGUAAUUUAUCCUUUAGUAACCUUACCUCUCUCUGUCAGUUUGGGUUUAACUCCUGGAAACAUGUCAAACCAAUGAGGAAAGAUACAUAAAUAGAAAUAGCAAUGGAACACCCCUGCCUGCAUUCCCUUCCUCCCUUCCUUUUUCAGUUCAGUUUUGUUAGAGACCCUUGUUAGAGCCUGUUCCUUUAGCUCUAUUCUCCCUAAGGGGAGGGCUGAGCUGUGGCCUGGCAUUUUUUUAUCUUCCUGAUGGUUUCUUCUGAGCUCCAGAGCACCAAGAGCCAGCCUCUGGCAGGAGGGCAGGAUUGAUACUGGCCAGUGGCACCCGGGUUUGCAGGCCACAGGCACCUGUCAGCAGGAUAAUGAAGUGCCUUGCAUGUGUGUGGGUGUGCGUUUUCUGUGUGUGGGUGUGUACAAACUACAGUAUGUUUGUGUAAGCGUCUGGCUGUGUCUAUAUAUGGGCGUGCGUGUGUGCGGCUGUGUGCACAUAGGCCUAUACUGUAUGCGUUGCAGAGUGUUUUUGAGCAUCUGCUUGUGUUUGUGUGUGUGUGUAUCUUUGUGUGUGUGUAUUGUGUGCUUCUGCAGUCAGUCUGUCAGUGUCUGUGCUGUGUCUGAGGAGCUUUGUCUGGCUGUUGAGAGCAGGGUAGGUGACUAAUGAACAACCUGUCAAAGGUCAUGAGGGCUGGAGGAGUGGAUGCCUCGCCGCGCGCAUCUCAUCUCUCCACUACACCACUGAUUCACUGCCUGCUCUCCUAUUGUCCCUCUCCAUCCUGUUGUCCCUCUCCAUCCUGUUGUCCCUCUCCAUCCUGGUGUCCCUCUCCAUCCUGGUGUCCCUCUCCAUCCUGUUGUCCCUCUCCAUCCUGGUGUCCCUCUCCAUCCUGUUCUCCCUCAUCAUCCUGUUGUCCUUCUCCAUCCUGUUCUCCCUCUCCAUCCUGUUCUCCCUUUCCAUCCUGUUCUCCCUUUUCAUCCUGGUGUUCCUCUCCAUCCUGGUGUCCCUCUCCAUCCUGUUCUCCCUCUCCACCCUGUUCUCCCUCUCCAUCCUGGUGUCCCUCUCCAUCCUGGUGUCCCUCUCCAUCCUGGUGUUCCUCUCCAUCCUGGUGUUCCUCUCCAUCCUGGUGUCCCUCUCCAUCCUGGUGUCCCUCUCCAUCCUGGUGUCCCUCUCCAUCCUGGUGGUCCUCUCCAUCCUGUUCUCCCUCUCCAUCCUGGUGGUCCUCUCUAUCCUGUUCUCCCUCUCCAUCCUGGUGGUCCUCUCCAUCCUGUUGUCCCUCUCCGUCCUGGUGGUCCUCUCCAUCCUGUUGUCCCUCUCCGUCCUGGUGGUCCUCUCCAUCCUGUUCUCCCUCUCCGUCCUGUUGUCCCUCACCAUGCCCAAAAAUGCUGCCUGUAAUUAGUAAAAUGCACUGUGUGCUUCGACAGGUUGAUUUAUGUACCAUCAUUUAUAUCAAAGUGAAAAAUAGAGCAUUAUGUAAAAGCAGGUAGUAGCUAAGGUAUUAAACGCACAUGUAAUAUUGACUCUCUGAUAUUAACUCAGAGUCUCUGGGAAUGUUAUACUGUAGUCCUUGCCCUUACCCUCACGUUUUCACCGUCCUCAGCCACUUGGACUCUGUUCCCUAGUGUACUUUUAGCAAGCCUGUUUCCCUUGUUUCUACAUCAGCAGGAAGCCUCUCCCUGGUGGAUCCCACUGCGUUAUGUUUGAAAAGUAAAGUCAUCAAACCAUUAAGUCCCCUAUGACGUGUCCUUCCAGCCCCCUACCCUCCCCCAUUACUGUUGUGUACCUGGAAUGUAAAUAUGGGAAAGGUGUGUCUCACUGAGCUGGCUCAGCAGCUCUCCUGACUAAGCAGUGUAGAUCAUACCUAGAGACAAAUGUUUAUUGUCCACACAUAUGAGUCAUGACAUGCAGUGUUUCAACUGCUGGAACUUUACUAGCAGGGUAGAGUUUGUCCAAGCAUCUGUUUUAUGGCAGAAAUCCUUUGUGAGUCGCAUAUGGAACCGGUGAAAUAACAGACCCGGUGAUUUCUAGACCUACUGGUGGAGCUUAGAUUCAUAAAAACAACAUUUGUUUUGGUUUUGAUGCCACACUUGACUUGUUGUUGUCUUCACAUCAGUGUGCUUCACCUGACCUCCCUUGUUUAACCUCAUUUCAGUCCUCAGUUGACCUUUGACCUAUGCUUCCUCCCCUAACCCAUCACUGUAAUGUAUUGUGAUCUGAACAGAAAAAGAGCCGGGAUGAGACCUGUGGCGAGGGCAGCGGAGUGGAGAUCCUGGAGAACAAGCCGUAUGAGGACGGCCCAGGGGGAAUCGGACAGUACACUCACAAGGUUUACCACAUCGGCAUGCACAUCCCCAGCUGGUUCCGCUCCAUCCUGCCCAAGGCAGCGCUCCGGGUGGAGGAGGAGUCCUGGAACGCCUACCCCUACACCCGCACAAGGUGUGAGACUAUUACCCCCUACAGGAGUACCACCCUUACACCUCCCACACACAGGAGUACCACCCUUACACACCCCCACAAGAGUACCACCCUUACAACAUCAAACCUUAUCCAUAAUGGAGUGAUUGUUUAUCCAAUCUGCCCCUUCAGGAAGAAAAUAAUGUUACUAAGAGCCAAGUAAAGAGCCAAGCAAAGCUAAAAGAUUCCAGAGCAGUUAUCAGAACACUGCAGAGCGUGCCAACCAAGACAUGGGCAGUCAUCCGGUCAGCAGCUCUGCUAGCCAGCCUAUCGUUAGGAGUUGAUGACCCCCUAGACUUAGGGUGUGUUUGUUUGUUUGUCUGUCUGUCUGGGGCCUGGGCAGAGCUGCAGGCGUGAGGCUGAAAUGAGAAGCGCCCCUUGAAAACACUGUCAAGGUAUUGAUAGACUGGAGCCGUCUGCUGACACGUUCAUCAAAGCAGUGACAGCUCUGCUGCAGACGACAGAUGGGCAGGGCUAACAGCUCUCCACCUCGCCUGGAGCCAGAGACAGAGAGAGAGUGAGAAAGAGCUAGAGUGACCAACAGAGACAAAGAUGAGCAGUAGCUAGCUCUUGCCAGGUAGAAAUGUUUAAGACUUGCCCAUCAUUUAGCCCAGAACCCACUAAAUAACAGAGACAUCGGCAGGUAGCAUAGCGGUUAAGAGCGUUGGGCCAGUAAGCGAAAGGUUGCUGGUUCAAAUCACCGAGACGACUAGGUGAAAAAUCUGUCGAUCUGCCCUUGAGCAAGGCACUUAACCCUAAUUGUUCCUGUAAGUCGCUCUGGAUAAGAGCGUCUGCUAAAUGACUCAAAUGUACAAAUGUGAUGUUUCCACCAUACACAAAGCAUUUUUCUGUGAUGAUAUACUGUGUCCAGGUCAACAUAUUGUGCUUAUUUAUUACCGACGCCUCUAAGCUUGCUCUCCUCUCUCCUCCAGAUACACCUGUCCCUUUGUCGAGAAGUUCUCCAUUGACAUUGAGACGUACUACAAGCCAGACCUGGGAAACCAGCCAGACGUCUUCAACAUGUCCCCAGCCGAGAAGAGGCUAAGGACUCUGGGUAAGACCCUGUGGUGCCAGUCUGGGACAAAUAGUGGGAGAUUAGAAGGACAAUAGAGCUUCAGACCACAGUGUCCAAAUUGACAGCACUUUUAGAUGAUGAUGGUGAUGAUUUCUCCUCACUAUGGACAACUUUCUACUACCUGCAGCAGUAAAGUCAAAAUGACAGGUCUAGGUUAGUGGUCUUGUUUGAAUAGCCAUGGUUAUUGUUGAGGGCUUCCUGAUGCAUGACCUCCACCAGGGUUAGAGUGAAGCUCCUGGGCUCACACAGCAGCCAGUAGAGUAGAGGCCCACUGGUGGCCGUUUGCUUCCACUGCAGCUGUUUUCCUGUUGUUGGCGGCAACAGAGGUUCUCGUUCUGACGCUGCUCAGAUGCUCGUGGUUUGAGGCCAUGCAGUGACCCAAUUUACGUGAUUCAUUGUCACAAUGUUUCUGAGAUGUCAUUAAUGACGUUUCUACCAUGGUUCAUCCUCAGCUCUUGGACUGAAAAUUGAAAAUAUACGUCCAAGAAAUUCCUUACUUGGUUACAAGUCACAUGAUAAGUUGCAUGGACUCACUCUGUGUGCAAUAAUAGUGUUUAACAUGAUUUUUGAAUGACUACCUCAUCUCUGUACCCCACACAUACUGGCUCUGUAAGGUCCGUCAGUCAAGCAGUGAAUUUCAAACACAAAUUCAACCACAAAGACCAGGGAGGUUUACCAAUGGCAUUGGCCUCCUGUAGCUCAGUUGGUAGAGCAUGGCGCUUGCAACGCCAGGGUUGUAUGUGUAUGUAUGUGUAUAUAUAUAUAUAUGUAUGUAUGUAUGUAUGUAUAUAUAUAAAAAACAUGGGGGAUUGGAAGUGAUGCAAACAAUUACAUUGAUGGAAGUUACAAUCUAUCUGCAAUAUUAAGCUGAUCUACCCCCUAAGAAAAAAAAAAAAAGAAAAAAAAAAAAAGAAGGGCACCUAUUGGUAGAUGGGUAAAGAAAAAGCAGACAAUGAGCAUGGUGCAGUUAUUAAUUACACUUUGGAUGGUGUAUCAAUACACCCAGUCACUACAAAGAUAUAGGAGUUCUUACUAACUCAGUUGCCGGAGAAAAAGUAAACCGCUCAGGGAUUUCACCAUGAGGCCAAUGGUGACUUUAAAACAGUUACAGAGUUGAAUGGCUGUGAUAGAACUGAGGAUGGAUCAACAACAUUGUAGUUACAAUACUAACCUAAAUGACAGAGUGAAAAGAAGGAAGCAUGUACAGAAUAAAAAUAGUCAAAAACAUGCGUCCUGUUUGCAAUAAGGCACUAAAGUAAAACUGCAAAAAAUGUUGCAAAGAAAUGAAUGUUAUGUCCUGAAUAUAAAGCAUUAUGUUUGGGGCAAAUCCAACACAACACAUCACUGAAUACCACUCUUCAUAUUUUCAAGAAUGGUGGUGGCUGCAUCAUGUUAUGGGUAUGCUUGUCAAUAAACAGAAUAAAGCUAAGCACAGGCAAAAUCCUAGAGGAAAACUUGUUCAGUCUGCUUUCCAAAAGACACUGGGAGACAAAUUCACCUUUCAGCAGCACAAAAACCUAAAACUCAAGGCCAAAUAUACACUGGAGUUGCUUACCAAGAUGACUUUUAAUGUUCCUGAGUGGCCUAGUUACAGUUUUGGCUUAAAAAUCUAUGGCAAGACUUGAAAAUGUCUGUCUAGCAAUGAUCAACAACCAACUUGACAGAGCUUGAACAAUUUUAAAAAUAAUAAUGUGCAAAUAUUAUACAAUCCAGAUGUGCAAAGCUCUAAGAGACUUACCCAGAAAGACUCACAGCUGUAAUCGCUGCCAAAAGUGAUUCUAACAUGUAUUGGCUCAGGGGGCUGAAUACUUAUGUAAUCAAGAUAUAUUAGUGUUUUAUAUUUCAUAAUGUUUUUACCAAUGUUACAAUUUUUCUUCCACUUUGAUAUUAAAGAGUAUUUUGUGUAGAUCUUGACAAAAAAUGAAAAUGAAAUCCAUUUUAAUCCCACGUUGUAAAACAACUAAAUGUGGAAAAAGUAAAGGGAUGUGAAUAAUUUCUGAAGGCACUGUAAAUGUUAUUUGUGGCAAGUGUUGAAGUCAGACUCUCUCUUGCAGACCCCAUCGACAUUGUCAAAGAUCCCAUCACCCCACAUGAGUACUUGCAAGAGGAGGACCCUCGGAUCUACAGGUCAGACAAGACCAAGAGAGGGCCUCUGCAGGAGGACUGGAUCAAGGAGUACAACAACAACCCGGGGAAGACGCCCAUCAUGUGUGCUUACAAACUGUGCAAGGUGGAGUUCCGCUACUGGGGCAUGCAGUCCAAGAUCGAGCGCUUCAUCCAUGAUGUAGGUGCGUAUGAGAUGGGAUGAGGUGUUGGAAGAGUAGUUUGAACAAUACCUUAAUAUAUCCCUGCCCGUUGCUGGCUAUAUGAGUGCUAGGUCCAUGGAGCAGUUGUGUUUCCAUACUACAGGCAUGCUGCUGCUGACAUCGUGUCAAGAUGUUAGAGGUGGCGGCCUGUUGGGAUGCCCUGAUGUUUUCCAGUGCUGUCUGUCUAAACUCUCUCCCCUGACCUUUCUCAGGUCUGAGGAAGGUGAUGGUGCGGGCCCACCGGCAGGCCUGGUGCUGGCAGGACGAGUGGUACGGCCUGACCAUCGAAGACAUCAGGCAGCUGGAGCUGGAGACCCAGCUGGCCCUGGCCCAGAAGAUGGCCCAGUUCAGCCAGGCAGACGAGGCCACAGAGGCCAAUGGAGCUGUUUCAUCCUCAGACAAGAACCAGGAGGUCAAAGAUACCAUCAACUCCUUAGAAGCUGACGAGGUGGUCAGUGCAGGGGGCGGGGGAGACUCUCUCCAAACAAAACGAGCAGGGCUCACCAAGCAGUGGUCCACCUCCUCCAGAUCCUCCCGCUCAUCCAAGAGAGGAGGUGAGAUGUUUGAGCCCAAUUGUCUGUAUCUGUGUGGAGGUAUUGGACUGUUGACAAUUAAUUUUCCAAAAUAAAAUGUUCAAGCAGGUGGUGUACAAACAUCAUGUGUUAGUGAGUAUGUAUCUAGGUGCUGUAUCUACAGUACCACUGUCACAGCUUUAUCCAGAUAGUUUUAACCUGCUUAAAUAUACAGUCUAUGGACAAACCCCUCUCCUACAGACAGUACAACCCCUAUCCCCAUCCUCACUUCUAAGCAGCAGUCAGAAUCCUGCUUGCCACCUGGAUCCUCUCGCUCUCCACCAGCCAGACUAAUUUCAUCCCCUAUUACCCCCCUCUCCAGAGCGCUCCUGGGCUAUUUAUAGCAGCAGUAUUGACAUCACAGGCUAGAGGAGGCUGACGCUCUUCACACUGACCCUCCGCUCCACCCCUGCGGCUCCCUUCUAUCGGCUGACAGGCACAGCUGCGCUUCCCAGCCCAUGAGCAUCCAGUAUGUGCCAGCCAGGGUUUCAAAGAGACCCCCUCCCCUCCCCACUCCUCCUCAGUGAUAUAGGAGGCAAACAACAAAGACAUAUGAUGGACAGUCCUACUUUUAGUCCAGGCUCUUUUCUUCACACCCCCUCCUGACCACUGAGCAAUCCUUCUGUGAUUAAGUCAAGCAUUACAGAGACUGUUGAGUGUUUAUAUAACACUGUGUGUGUGUGUGUGUGUGUGUGUGUGUGUGUGUGUGUGUGUGUGUGUCAGUAUGAGCGUAUGUCAGUAAGAAUAUUAUUCAGUUGGAUCUUUAAAAUAACAGCGGUACUGUUUGUUUCCCUCCCUGUUUGUGUGUUUCAGCGAGCCCAUCACGCCACAGCCUCUCUGAAUGGAGGAUGCAGAGCAUAGCACGAGACUCCGAGGACAGCUCAGAGGAGGAGUUCUUUGAUGCUCAUGGUAAAUCCACCAUUUUGAUAGUCGUCAAAAAAGCCUAAAGUAGGUUAGAGUAGAUAACACUAGUAAUGUGUUCCCUUUCCCAUAACCCUCCUGGUGCUUCCUCCUCUGACUCUGCAUGCGUCUCUUCAACACAGAUCAGUUCUUAAGCUACCCAGAUACCCAGCAUGAUUUGGGCCUGCGGUUGAAAUAGGUGGGUGUAGCUCGACACACGGUUGUUCGUCUGUUGGGUGAGUCCAGGAGAUGACUCAACCCGGGUUGGCUUGUCCUGAAGAAGUGCUGAAAUCACCACCCUCUACCUUCACCUGUUCCCAAUUGCCAAAACUAUCUCACCCUGCCCUCACACACACACACACACACACACAUGCUCACAAACGCACACACAUUCCCUGUGGCGAGUAAAUCAUCCCAUCAAGUCAAUCCACAAAAUGAUGUUCUAUUGUGUAGGGGUAUGUGUGGAAGCAUGAUUCACUUAGAUGUUCUAUAUGACAUCAUGCAUUUAGAAGUAUGAAUAACAAGUAAUUAAGUAAGAAUAAUAAAGCAAUGCAUGUUUUCUUUUUAUCUAUUUAUUUAUAUGAUACUGAUGCUAUUUGGUUGUCAUCUUUAUCUAACUGUUGAAACUGUUCAUGAUAUGUCAUGAAUUAACUGCAUUUGCAUUUAGCUGCAUGUUCAAAUAUAUAUACCUGUAUGCUUUUGGUGUUUGUGCCAUUAUUUAUGUUCACAAUGAGAUGAUAAAUUGUUGUUUCAUUCAUGGAUUAAUCUGUUUUUCACUAACAAUCAUACAGUGGUAUAUACAUCAUGCAUACCCCAGUAUGUGGCUAAAGGGAUUCUUCAACUUCUCAUUGGACACCUGAUUAGUAUAUUUAAAUCAAUUACAAUGUGGAAAAUAAAUGCUGAAACACAAUGAACAAUAUUUCACUAUAACUCUUCUUUUAUAACAAGCAACCCUACUCAGUCGCUUCAUGAGUUAAUCCCUUGAAAAUGAACUGAGCCAACUUUGCCAUAUGAGCAAAGAUUUCUAGAGCAGCAGUCUUGUGGGGUUGUAAUUUUAUAGGACAGUAAGCACUGAGCACUGACAUUGGCUCCACUGAAUCUUUUCCUCAUUACAUUUUCCUUGUGAGUACGGUAGUAUAUCAUAAGAGUUGAGAACACCCAUGCCUCUCCACCCUGUCUCUGUGUUAGCCAUUCAUUAAGAUGGUUAUGAUCAGUUGGUGAUGCGAUCAAAGAGAUUACAAGGAUGACAAAAGCGUACAUACAGGCAUAUGUAAUACAAUGUCAAGUCAGAUAGUAGGUGUAUACACUGAGUAUACAAAACAUUAGGAACACCUUCCUAAUAUUGAGUUGCACCCCCUUCUUGCCCUCAGAACAGCCUCAAUUCGUCGGGCAUGGACUCUACAAGGUGUCGAAUGCGUUCCACAGGGAUUCUGGCCCAUAUUGACUCCAAUACUUCCCACAGUUGUGUCAAGUUGGCUGGAUGUCAUUUGGGUGGUGGACCAUCCUUGAUACACACAGGAAACUGUUGAGCGUGAAAAACCCAGCAGCGUUGCAGUUCUUGACACAAACCGGUGCGCCUGGCACCUACUACUGUACCCCGUUCAAAGGCACUUAAAUAUUUUGUCUUGCCCAUUCACUCUGAUUGGCACACAUACACAAUCCAUCUCAAGGCUUAAAAAUCCUUCUUUAACCUGUCUCCUCCCCUUCAGUGACACUGAUUGAAGUGGAUUUAACAAGUGACAUCAAUAAGGGAUCAUAGCUUUCACCUGGAUUCACCUGGUCAGUCUAUGUCAUGGAAAGAGCUGUUCUUAAUGUUUUGUACACUCAGUGUAUAUAGCCAUAACAUUUCAUCCAUAAUCAUAGUGCCACACUACUUACACUGUAUCCAUUCAUGACAUUCUAUGUUAGGUCAUGAUGACAUGACCAAUGUGACACAUGAAUGCUACCGUUUGUAGCACCAUUUUGAUCAAUUUAUGCUGAAAAGUGUUUCAUUGAGCAUACUCAGAUAAAUGCUCAUGCUCAUGUAAAAGCUUUUAUACUCCUCAGCUUCUCCCUGAUCUGUGCAACCGAGGACCAGCAAAAAAAUGUAUGGCCUUUUAUGAGUGGUGACCUUUUGAUAAAGCAGACGUGCAUAGGCUACAGUAUGUGUAAUGUGAUUUCACUGAAAGAUCCCAGUGUCCCAGUGGCUUGUUGAUUCAAUUGAGGAGGCUAUGCUACUGCAAAACCACUGGUUUUCAGAGGAACACAUAAAAUGCAGGGUGGCAAUUACUUUAUUAAUCAGUAUUCAUAUUUAUUUAUCUUAAAGUAGUGCUCACAUGGCCACAUAAUGUAAUAUGGUAGGGAUCAGGGUGUAUGUUUGUCUGUAUCUGUACUCAGCCAGUACAUGGAGGCCCCUUUCACAUUUGUGAACAUAUAAAUGUCUAAAAAGUUUGGUGUUCCUUGUCACAGAAUGUUUGAGAAUGAUCUGUGACUGGUCAUCUGAAUAUACUGAAGAUGAGAUAAAAUGGCACAUUGACUUAGCAGGUGUUAGUAAAAAUCAUGUCUGUCCCUUCUCCACACAGAGGACUUGUCAGGUGAUGAAGAGGUCUUUCCCAAGGAGAUCGCCAAGUGGAACUCUAACGACCUCAUGGACAAGAUUGAAUCGGCUGAUGCAGAAGACACUCCUGGUAUGGAGAGGAACGCUGUGUGUGUUAAUUGAUUGGAGAUGUCUGAGAGACAGAGGAGAGAUGGAGUUUGUGUCAAAGUUUCCUUUUACAGACAGUAUUAUAUUACUCUGAUUCUCAAUAUUAAAGUGUGUCUGUGGAUGUUUCUGCAGGAGAGCUAUACAAGGACAUGACAGGGGACUAUGAAAGGGAGGCCAGCGAGGAGAGACUAGAUGAGGUAGGUACCUGGGAGGGUGAAUGGCUUUUCAACUGAACAUUGGUAUACCAACAACACCAUGACAGCCAGAUCCAAUAUCAGUAGCAUGUCACAUAGAAUCUGUCUGGCUGAGAUCAUAUACAUUGAUUGUGCCGACGAAGAUGGCGGCCUCGCGACUAGCUCUUAGGAAACUUUGCGGUAUUUCGUUUUUUCAUGUAUUGUUUUUUAAAUUAUUAGCUCAGAAAGUGUUUUGUAUCAUUACAUACAGCCGGGAAAAACUAUUGGAUAUCAGAGCGGCGGUAACUCACCAGCAUUACGACCAGGAAUACGACUUUCCCGAAGCAGAUCCUUUGUUUGCUCUCCCCAGGGCAACUGAACUGAUUCCAGCGGCUGACCCAAAACAUCGCCGGCGGGGGAGAGGCACUUGGGGCGGCCUGCUGGUUCGACUUAUAUUACACGCUAAUGUUCAGUCUUUGGAUAACAAGGUCGGCGAGCUCAGUGCAAGGAUUUCUUUCCAGAGAGACAUCAGGGCAUGUAACAUACUUUGUUUAACAGGAAACAUGGCUCUCUCGGGAUAUUCUGUCGAAAUCGGUCCAGCCAGAUGGGUUCUCAGUUCAUCGCGCAGACAGAAAUAAAUAUCUCUCCGGGAAGCAGAAGGGCGGAGGUGUGUGUUUCAUGAUUAACGACUCAUGGUGUAAUUGUAGUAACAUACAGGAACUCAAGUCCUUUUGUUCACCCGACUUAGAAUACCUCACAAUCAAAUGCCGACCGUAUUAUCUCCCAAGAUAAUUUUCUUCGGUUAUAGUCACAGCCGUGUAUAUCCCCCCUCAAGCCGAUACCACGACGGCCCUCAAAGAACUUCACUGGACUUUAUGCAAACUGGAAACCACAUAUCCUGAGGCUGCAUUUAAUGUAGCCGGGGAAUUUUAACAAAGCAAAUUUGAGGACUAGGCUGCCGAAGUUCUAUCAACAUAUCGACUGUUGUACACGGGCUGCUAAAAUUCUCGACCAUUGCUAUUCAAACUUCCGGGAUGGUUAUAAGGCCCUCCCCCGCCCUCCUUUCGGCAAAUCUGACCACAACUCCAUUUUGCUCCUCCCUUCCUAUAGGCAGAAACUCAAACAGGAAAUACCCGUGCUAAGAACUAUUCAACGCUGGUCUGACCAAUCGGAAUCCACGUUUCAAGAUUGUUUUGAUCACGCGGACUGGGAUAUGUUCCGGGUAGCUUGCGAAAAUAAAUAAUUUAGACGAAUACACUGAAACGGUGACUGAGUUUAUCAGGAAGUGUAUAGGAGAUGUUGUGCCAACUGUGACUAUUAAAACCUACCCUAACCAGAAACCGUGGAUAGAUGGCAGCACUCGCGCAAAACUGAAAGCGCGAACCACCGCAUUUAACCAUGGCAAGGUGACUGGGAAUAUGACGAAUACAAACAGUGUAGCUACUCACUCCGCAAUGCAAUUAAACAGGCAAAACAUCAGUAUAGAGACAAAGUGGAGUCGCAAUUCUACGGCUCAGACACGAGACGUAUGUGGCAGGGUCUACAGACAAUCAUGGACUACAAAAGGAAAACCAGCCACGUCGCCGACACCGACGUCUUGCUUCCGGACAAGCUAAACACCUUCUUUGACCGCUUUGAGGAUAACACAGUGCCACCGACGCGGCCCACUACCAAGGACUGUGGGCUCUCCUCCGUGGCCGACAUGAGUAAGACAUUUAAGCAUGUUAACCGCCGCAGGGCUGCUGGCCCAGACGGCAUCCCUAGCCGCGUCCUCAGAGCAUGCACAGACCAGCUGGCUGGUGUGUUUACGGACAUAUUCAAUCUCUCCCUAGCCCAGUCUGCUGUCCCCACAUGCCUCAAGAUGGCCACCAUUGUUCCUGUACCCAAGAAAGCAAAGGUAACUGAACUAAAUGACUAUCGCCCCGUAGAACUCACCACUGUCAUCAUGAAGUGCUUUGAGAGACUAGUCAAGGAUCAUAUCACCUCUACCUUACCUGUCACCCUAGACCCACUUCAAUUUGCUUAAUGCCCCAAUAGAUCCACAGACGAUGCAAUCGCCAUCACACUGCACACUGCCCUAUCCCAUCUGGACAAGAGGAAUACCUAUGUAAGAAUGUUUUUAAUUGACUAUAGCUCAGCAUUCAACACCAUAGUACCCUCCAAGCUCAUCAUUAAGCUCGAGGCCCUGGGUCUGAACCCCACCCUGUGCAACUGGGUCCUGGACUUCCUGACAGGCCGCCCCCAGGUGGUGAAGGUAGGAAACAACAUCUCCACUUCGCUGAUCCUCAACACUGGGGCCCCUCAAGAGUGCGUGCUCAGCCCCCUCCUGUACUCCCUGUUCACUCAUGACUGUGGGGCCAAGCACGCCUCCAACUCAAUCAUCAAUUUUGGAGACGACACAACAGUAGUAGGCUUGAUUACCAACAAUGACGAGCCUACAGGGAGGAGGUGAGGGCUCUGGGAGUAUGGUGCCAGGAAAAUAACCUCUCACUCAACGUCAACAAAACAAAGGAGAUGAUCGUGGACUUCAGGAAACAGCAGAGGGUGCACCCCCCUAUCCACAUCGACAGGACCGCAGUGGAGAAGGUUGAAAGCUUCAAGUCCCUUGGCGUACACAAAAACUGACAAACUGAAAUUGUCCACCCACGCAGACAGUGUGGUGAAGAAUGCGCAACAGAGCCUCUUCAACCUAAGGAGGCUGAAGAAAUUUGGCUUGGAACCUAAAACCCUCAAACUUUUACAGAUGCACAAUUGAGAGCAUCCUGUCGGGCUGUAUCACCGCCUGAUACGGCAACUGCACCGCCCGCAACCGCAGGGCUCUCCAGAGGGUGGUGCGGUCUGCCGAACGCAUUACCAGGGGCAAACUACCCACCCUCCAAGACACCUACAGCACCUGAUAUCACAGGAAGGCCAAAAAGAUAAUCAAGGACAUCAACCACCCAAGCCACUGCCUGUUCACCCCGCUAUCAUCCAGAAGGCGAGGUCAGUGCAGGUGCAUCAAAGCUGGGAACGAGAAACUGAAAAACAGCUUCUAUCUCAAGGCCAUCAGAUUGUUAAAUAGCCAUCACUAGCACAUUAGAGGCUGCUGCUGCCUAUUGAAGUCACUGGCCACUUUAAGAAAUGGAACACUAGUCACUUUAAUAAUGUUUACAUAUCUUGCAUUACUCAUCUCAUAUGUAUAUACUGUAUUCUAUAUUAUUGUACUAUAUCUUAGUCCAUGCCGCUCUGUCAUUGCUCGUCCAUAUACAGUGAGGGAAAAAAGUAUUUGAUCCCCUGCUGAUUUUGUACGUUUGCCCACUGACAAAGAAAUGAUCAGUCUAUAAUUUUAAUGGUAGGUUUAUUUGAACAGUGAGAAACAGAAUAACAACAAAAAAAUCCAGAAAAACGCAUGUCAUAAAUGUUAUAAAUUGAUUUGCAUUUUAAUGAGGGAAAUAAGUAUUUGACCCCCUCUCAAUCAGAAAGAUUUCUGGCUCCCAGGUGCCUUUUAUACAGGUAACGAGCUGAGAUUAGGAGCACACUCUUAAAGGGAGUGCUCCUAAUCUCAGCUUGUUACCUGUAUAAAAGACACCUGUCCACAGAAGCAAUCAAUCAAUCAGAUUCCAAACUCUCCACCAUGGCCAAGACCAAAGAGCUCUCCAUGGAUGUAUACAAAUGUGUCUUUGCCCUUGGUUUAUGUUGUUGUUCUUGGCUUGUUGUUGUGGUUGGCUAAAGUUGGAAGUGUUUGCUGUGUGACCAGCUGGGGUGUAGGUUGGUCCAGUGUCUCUUAAUGAUGCUCUAAUGCUGUCUGAGUGUGAAGAUGAAAGCUGGACGGGCAUGCUGUUGUGCUGCUACAUUACUAUUGCUUUACUAUCAAUAUUGCGUUACCAGAAGGGUGACAUCACAUAUAGACUUCCUGUGAUUCAUGUCUGAAGGAAGUGGAAGUGCACACUGAACACACAAUGAGAUGUAUCACUAUACACUGAGUGUACAAAACAUUAGGAACACCUGCUCUUUCCUUUCACCAUGUUAAUCCAGGUGAAAGCUAUGAUCCCUUAUUGAUGUCACUUGUUAAAUCCACUUAAAUCAGUGUAGAUGAAGGGGAGGAGAUGGGUUAAAGAAGGAUUUUUAAGCCUUGAGACAAUUGAGACAUGGAUUGUGUAUGUGUGCCAUUCAGAGGGUGAAUGGACAAGACAAAAGAUUUAAGUGCCUUUGAACGGGGUAUGGUGGUAGGUGCCAGGCGCACCGGUUUGAGUGUGUCAAGAACUGCAACGCUGCAGUUGUCAGUGGUCAUGAAUCAUUAGCAGCCAAGCCAGAAGCAUGGUUCUAUGGGUGAAUGGCUUCAUUUCCCUUGAGUUUAACAGAUCUCUCUAAUGCCCCUCAUCCUGCCUUUCCUCUUUACCUCCCAUUCACCCCAUCAAUUCCCCCCUUUCUCCCCAUAAUAGGACCUCUCCUCCCAGCAGUGUCUGCAGCCUUCUAAGAUCCACAUGCUGAUCCUGGUGCUCCAUGGAGGCAACAUCCUGGACACGGGAGGAGGGGACCAGACCAGUAAGCAGGGCGACAUCAACACCAUCAGCACUACCUUUGACACAGUGAUGCGCGUGCACUAUCCCACCGCACUGGGACGAAUCGCCAUCCGCCUGGUGCCCUGCCCUGCCAUCUGUGCUGAGGCCAUCUCCCUGGUGUCCAAGUGAGGGACACACAGACACACACACACACACACACACUACACAACCAUAAAUAUUGUAAUGUGUACAUAACUACAGUACACACACUACCCAAUACUACUACUAUUACGAACCUUUACCCUGUGUGUGUCCGUCCCUGGCUUCAGUCUGAGCCCGUACAGCUAUGAUGAGAGCUGUCUGUCUAGCAGUCAGGACCACAUCCCCCUGGCUGUCCUGCCUCUCCUGGCCACCUCCGCCCCCCAGUACCAGGAGGCUGUGGCCACCGUAAUCAUGAAAGCCAACCAGGUGUACAAUGACUUCAUCAGGUCCAUUGAUGGGACAACCUUCAAGGUGAGGUGCUGCCACUGGCCUGUCAGCCUCUCCAUUGUUCCAGGUGUGGGCAUGGGCUGCUCUUUAUUUGGAGCUCUCAAAUGGCCGAACAUAAUAUCUUCAGUCCAAACACUAAGAUUCAAGAGCAUGUUCCCAAGUCAAGGAGGAGAUACACUUGAUUUAUUGUGAAGAACAUCAGUUUUGAAGCCUUUUAGCACCAAUGAAUUAUGUGAGUGGUUUCUGUUUCUGAAUUAUGUGGGUGUUUUCUGUUCCUCAAUGUUCCUUUAGAUAACCAAAAUGACGCUAGCAUUCGAUAUAUUUGACACAGGUUCAAUUUAGUAUAAAUUCUAUCCUUUUUAUAACAAAUUCAUCUAGCUUUUGGUUUGUGUGUAGGUGUAUGUGUUUUCUUUUUUUUUGGGGGGGGGGGGGGGGGGGGGGGGGGGGGGGGGGGGUUUACUAUCCUUGUGGGGACCAGAAGUCCACAAGGACAAUUCGGACAAUUAUGACAUUUCGUCGGUCCCCACAAGGAAAACGGCUAUUUUAGGCAUAGGGGUUAGGUUUAGGGUUACAAUUGGGGUUAAGGGUUAGGUUUACGGUUAGGGAAAAUAUGACAUUGAAUGGGAAUCCAUUGUUUGGUCCCCACAAGGAUAGUAAAACAAACGUGUGUGUUUGCGUGAGCGGGUUUGUUUGAUUACAUGGUUAUGACAUCUGAUUAGUUUAAAAAGGGUUGGACCAUCUUAUCUGCAUCCUGUUUGAUAGAUAUCUAAUGAUCUGAUCUGUUUUAGUAAAUUGACCUGUGACCUCUUUGUAGGUGUGCCUGAUUGGGGACUGCGUGGGAGGGAUCCUGGGGUUUGACGCCUUGUGUAGCAGCAACCAGACUAUUGGUGAGAGCCAGAACAGCAGCCGCAGGGGUAGUGUAAUCAGCAUACAGGUAAGACCCAAACCUUAAAGCUUAGCUACUCUCCCUGUUCCUAAGUUUUGCCCCUCCCCCAAAUCCCAGACACUCACCCAGAAGCUCUUAUUCACCCUAAAUACAGCCCUCCACUAUUUCACCACCACAUUUCUCCUCUAAGAAAGGACACUUAUCCAGCGCCCAUCCUAGUUCUGGUGCCGUUUACUUAUCGGUCAUUUCACUAUACAUUCUGCAAUCUCUGUCCUUCCUCCCAUACCUCCCUGCAGGACCAGGACCUCCUCUCCCCAGGUAUCAUCAUCAACAGUGGGCACGGCUCUGCCUCUCCCACCCUGGAGGGCAGCCGCCACCUGAGCCGCAGCAACAUUGACAUCCCCCGCUCAGGAGGACCAGACGACCCCAAGAGAGAGCUGCCCCGCAAGACGAGCGACUCCUCCACAUAUGAGUUGGACACCAUCAAACACCAUCAGGCCUUCCUGACCAGGUGUGACGGGGGGUUACAUUACUACAGUUACAUUACAUCAUUGAUGUAGCUGAUGGUUAAUAUUGUUACUUUCACUGUACUGAGAAGGGUAUAUGGCUAUGCAUGUGAUAUUGUAGAGUAAUGGGUAUGGCCGCCACACGGGCGGUCACAAGACAUGAAGGCAGUCAAAUUCCACAUGACCGUUUAGUCACGGUAAUUAGGCUUCUCCAAGCUCUGAUGCAGCUGAUGGUCAUUAGUUGCCUACCAAACUUGCUAACUGCCUGGUACUCAGCACUCUAUUGUCCCUCUAAUCACUCUGACAUUUUAUUUAUUUAUUUCACCUUUAUUUAACCAGGUAAGCCAGUUGAGAACAAGUUCUCAUUUACAACUGCGACCUGGCCAAGAUAAAGCAAAGCAGUGCGAUAAAAACAACAACACAGAGUUACAUAUGGUGUAAACAAAACAUAAAGUCAAAAAUACAACAGAAAAUAUAUAUACAGUGUGUGCGAAUGUAGUAAGUUAUGGAGGUAAGGCAAUAAAUAGGCCAUAGUGCAAAAUAGUUAAAAUUUUGUAUUAACACUGGAAUAAUAGAUGUGCAACAGAUGAUGUGCAAAUAGAGAUACUGGGGUGCAAAUUAGCAAAAAUAAAUAACAAUAUGGGGAUGAGGUAGUUGGGUGGGCUAAUUUCAGAAUGGCUGUGUACAGGUGCAGUGAUCGGUAAGCUGCUCUGACAACUGACGCUUAAAGUUAGUGAGGGAGAUAAGAGUCUCCAGCUUCAGAGAUUUUUGCAGUUCGUUCCAGUCAUUAGCAGCAGAGAACUGGAAGGAAUGGCGGCCAAAGGAGGUGUUGGCUUUGGGGAUGACCAGUGAGAUAUACCUGCUGGAGCGCAGACUACAGGUGGGUGUUGCUAUGGUGACCAGUGAGCUAAGAUAAGACGGGGAUUUGCCUAGCAGUGAUUUAUAGAUGACCUGGAGCCAGUGGGUUUGGCAAGGAAUAUGUAGUGAGGGCCAGCCAACAAGAGCGUACAGGUCACAAUGGUGGGUAGUAUAUGGGGCUUUGGUGACAAAACAGAUGGCACUGUGAUAGACUACAUCCAAUUUGCUGAGUAGAGGGUUGGAGGCUAUUUUGUAAAUGACAUCGCCGAAGUCAAGGAUCGGUAGGAUAGUCAGUUUUAAGAGGGCAUGUUUGGCAGCAUGAGUGAAGGAGGCUUUGUUGCGAAAUAGGAAGCCGAUUCAAUGCAAAUGUAUUCGAAAAUCGAAUCAAACACUUCAUGAGAGCCCAUGUGCUCAUGUUGCGCAACAUUUCUAUAGGCUAUGCAAUUGAGGGAGAAAACAGAGUGAUGGCCGCAAAUAAUCAGCCAUCACUCUGUUCGAUCCCAUCAGCUUUCUAUAGGCUAGGCCUACUAUAUUUAUUUCUCAAUUUUUCUAAUAUUAAGCACAUUGCUUAUAUUUACAGUGCCUUGCAAAAGUAUUCAUCCCCCUUGGCGUUUUUCCUAUUUUGUUGCAAUACAACCUGUAAUUUAAAUGGAUUUUUAUUUGGAUUUCAUGUAAUGAACAUACACAAAAUAGUCCAAAUUGGUGAAGUGAAAUUUAAAAAAUAACUUGUUUUAAGAUCUGGUGCAACCAAUUACCUUCAGAAGUCACAUAAUUAGUUAAAUCAAGUCCACCUGUGUACAAUCUAAGUGUCACAUGAUCUGUCACAUGAUCUCAGUAUAUAUACACCUGUUCUGAAAAGCCCCAGAGUCUGCAACACCACUAAGCAAGGGGCACAACCAAGCAAGCGGCACCAUGAAGACCAAGGAGCUCUCCAAACAGGUCAGGGACAAAGUUGUGGAGAAGUACAGAUCAGGGUUGGGUUAUAAAAAAAUAUCAGAAACUUUGAACUUCCCACGGAGCACCAUUAAAUCCAUUAUUAAAAAAUUGAAAGAAUAUGGCACCACAACAAACCUGCCAAGAGAGGGCCGCCCACCAAAACUCACAAACCAGGCAAGGAGGGCAUUAAUCAGAGAGGCAACUAAGAGACCAAAGAUAUCUCUGAAGGAGCUGCAAAGCUCCACAGCGGAGAUUGGAGUAUCUGUCCAUAUGUCACGUUCGUUGAAGGACGGAUCAGACCAAGGCGCAGCGUGAUAUGCAUACAUGUUUAUUAAAUGCUAAACACACAACAAAACAACAAACCAACGACACGUGAAGUCCAAAGGCUAACACAAAACAAGCCUAAACACGGAACAAGAUCCCACAACUAAACAGUGCCAAUAGGCUGCCUAAGUAUGAUCCCCAAUCAGAGACAACGAGCGACAGUUGCCUCUGAUUGGGAACCACACCGGCCAACAUAGAUCUAUACAUACUAGAUCAUACACAUAGCUAUACACAACAUAGAAAAUCCACACCCUGACUCAACAUACAAGAGUCCCCUGAGUCAGGGUGUGACAGUACCCCCCCCCCCCCCCCCCCCCAAAGGUGCGGACUCCGACCGCACAAACUUUACUUAACAGGGUAGGGGCCGGGUGGGCGGAUCCAGCUGCGGGCGUGACGACCACAUACUCUCCGCCUCCCUGUUGCGCCCCUGGUCUGGUCUGGACCUCGGCGCGCUGCUUCCCCUCUCCUUCCUCUCACGAUACUCCAAGCCCUGUAUGGACCCCGGUGUGGGACACCCUGAACCUGGAGAGGGGCUGACGUCUGGGUCUGGACUGGAGCUGCUGACCGGAGCUGGACUAGGCACCGGUGGAACGGACUGCUCUGGCUCCGGAGUGGAGCAGCUGACCGGAGCUGGACUAGGCACCAGUGGAGCGGACUGCUCUGGCUCCGGAGUGGAGCAGCUGACAGGAGCUGGACUUGACCCCGGUGGAGCGGACUGCUCUGGCGGAACGGGCACGGGCCGGACUGGACACACGCACCACUGGCUUGGUGCGAGGAGCAGGAACAUGCCGGGCCGGACUGGGAACACGCACCACUGGCUUGGUGCGAGGAGCAGGAACGGGCCGGGCCGGACUGGCGACACGCACCACUGGCUUGGUGCGAGGAGCGGGAACAGGCCGGGCCGGACUGGGAACACGCACCACUGGCUUGGUGCGAGGAGCAGGAACGGGCCGGGCCGGACUGGGAACACGCACCACUGGCUUGGUGCGAGGAGCAGGAACGGGCCGUACCGGGCUGACGACACACACCACUGGCUUGGUGCAGGGAGCAAACACGGGCCGUACCGGACUGGCGACACGCACCACAGGUUUGGUGCGGGGAGCAGGCACGGGCCGUACCGGACUGUGGAGGCGGACUGGAGGUCUGGAGCGGAGAGCUGGCACAACCCAUCCUGGCUGGAUGCCUACUUCCGCACAUUAUGUGUGAGGCAUUAGCACAGGACGCACUGGGCUGUGCACGCGCACUGGCGAUACAGUGUGUAGAACCGGCGCAGGAUAUGCGGGACCGAGGAGGCGUACUGGAGACCAGAAGCGUUGAGCCGGCACACCCCGUCCUGGCUGGAUGCCCAUCUUCGCACGGCACGUGCGUGGUGCUAGCACAGGACGUACAGGACUGUCCCGGCGCACUGGCGACACAGUACGUAGCUCCGCAUAACACGGAGCCUGCCCAGUCACACGCUUCCUGGCGUGAGUACAGGGAGUUGGCUCUGCUCUGAAACUAGGCUCCACCAACCACCCCGUGUGCCCCCCCAAACAUUUUUCUUGGGGCUGCUUCUCGGGCUUCCUCCUCGACCGGCGUCCUCUGUGUUGACGUUGCUCCUCUCCUGCCUGGGCAUCUACCUUCGCCCAUGGUCCUUUCCCCGCAAAUAUCUCCUCCCAUGACCAAAUCUUCCCCACCUGUGUCCAGGGUGUUCGGUCCUCCUGGGCACGCUGCUUGGUCCGUGUUUGGUGGGAUCUUCUGUCACGUUCGUUGAAGGACGGAUCAGACCAAGGCGCAGCGUGAUAUGCAUACAUGUUUUUUAAAUGCUAAACACACGACAAAACAACAAACCAACGACACGUGAAGUCCAAAGGCUAACACAAAACAAGCCUAAACACGGAACAAGAUCCCACAACUAAACAGUGCCUAUAGGCUGCCUAAGUAUGAUCCCCAAUCAGAGACAACGAGCGACAGCUGCCUCUGAUUGGGAACCACACCGGCCAACAUAGAUCUAUACAUACUAGAUCAUACACAUAGCUAUACACAACAUAGAAAAUCCACACCCUGACUCAACAUACAAGAGUCCCCUGAGUCAGGGCGUGACACCAUAGGACUACUUUAAGCCGUACACUCCACAGAGCUGUGGCCAGAAAAAAGCCAUUGCUUAAAGAAAAAAAUAAGCAAACACGUUUGGUGUUCGCCAAAAGGCAUGUGGGAGACUCCCCAAACAUAUGGAAGAAAGUAUGAGACUAAAAUUGAGCUUUUUGGCCAUCAAGGAAAACGCUAUGUCUGGCGCAAACCCAACACCUCUCAUCACUCCGAGAACACCAUCCCCACAGUGAAGCAUGGUGGUGGCAGCAUCAUGCUGUGGUGAUGUUUUUUGUCAGCAGGGACUGGGAAACUGGUCAGAAUUGAACAAUGAUGGAUGGCGCUAAAUACAGGGACGUUCUUGAGGGAAACCUGUUUAAAUCUUCCAGAGAAUUGAGACUGGGACAGAGGUUCACCUUCCAGCAGGACAAUGACCCUAAGCAUACUGCUAACACAACAUUCGAGUGGUUUAAGGGGAAACAUUUAAAUGUCUUGGAAUGGCCUAGUCAAAGCCCAGACCUCAAUCCAAUUGAGAAUCUGUGGUAUGACUUAAAGAUUGCUGUACACCAGCGGAACCCAUCCAACUUGAAGGAGCUGGAGCAGUUUUGCCUUGAAGAAUGGGCAAAAAUCCCAAUGGCUAAAUGUGCCAAGCUUAUAGAGACAUACCCCAAGAGACUUGCAGCUGUAAUUGCUGCAAAAGGUGUCUCUACAAAGUAUUGACUUUGGGGGGGUGAAUAGUUAUGCACGCUCAAGUUUUCAGUUUUUUUGUCUUAUUUCUUGUUUGUUUCACCCAAAAAAUUAUUUUGCAUCUUCAAAGUGGUAGGCAUGUUGUGUAAAUCAAAUGAUACAAACCCCCAAAAAAUCCAUUUUAAUUCCAGGUUGUAAGGCAACUAAAUGGGAAAAUGCCAAGGGGGGUGAAUACUUUCGCAAGCCACUGUACAACAGAUGUAUAGCCUACCUGGCUGGCAUGAAAAUAAACCACGGGGAAAAGCGUCCUCCAUUCGCUAUUUAAGUGCAUAGAUGACAUGUAUUUUUUCCCGCUGCCCCUGUUUCGAUACAGGUGCAUGAUAAUGGUCCAUUCUAAAUCAAAACAAAUUUCACACAUAUACAGUGGGGGAAAAAAGUAUUUAGUCAGCCACCAAUUGUGCAAGUUCUCCCACUUAAAAAGAUGAGAGUGGCCUGUAAUUUUCAUCAUAGGUACACGUCAACUAUGAGAGACAAAAUGAGAAAAAAAAAUCCAGAAAAUCACAUUGUAGGAUUUUUAAUGAAUUUAUUUGCAAAUUAUGGUGGAAAAUAAGUAUUUGGUCAAUAACAAAAGUUUCUCAAUACUUUGUUAUAUACCCUUUGUUGGCAAUGACACAGGUCAAACGUUUUCUGUAAGUCUUCACAAGGUUUUCACACACUGUUGCUGGUAUUUUGGCCCAUUCCUCCAUGCAUAUCUCCUCUAGAGCAGUGAUGUUUUGGGGCUGUCGCUGGGCAACACGGACUUUCAACUCCCUCCAAAGAUUUUCUAUGGGGUUGAGAUCUAGAGACUGGCUAGGCCACUCCAGGACCUUGAAAUGCUUCUUACGAAGCCACUCCUUCGUUGCCCGGGCGGUGUGUUUGGGAUCAUUGUCAUGCUGAAAGACCCAGCCACGUUUCAUCUUUAAUGCCCUUGCUGAUGGAAGGAGGUUUUCACUCAAAAUCGCACGAUACAUGGCCCCAUUCAUUCUUUCCUUUACACGGAUCAGUCGUCCUGGUCCCUUUGCAGAAAAACAGCCCCAAAGCAAGAUGUUUCCACCCCCAUGCUUCACAGUAGGUAUGGUGUUCUUUGGAUGCAACUCAGCAUUCUUUGUCCUCCAAACACGACGAGUUGAGUUUUUACCAAAAAGUUCUAUUUUGGUUUCAUCUGACCAUAUGACAUUCUCCCAAUCCUCUUCUGGAUCAUCCAAAUGCACUCUAGCAAACUUCAGACGGGCCUGGACAUGUACUGGCUUAAGCAGGGGGACACGUCUGGCACUGCAGGAUUUGAGUCCCUGGCGGCGUAGUGUGUUACUGAUGGUAGGCUUUGUUACUUUGGUCCCAGCUCUCUGCAGGUCAUUCACUAGGUCCCCCCGUGUGGUUCUGGGAUUUUUGCUCACCGUUCUUGUGAUCAUUUUGACCCCACGGGGUGAGAUCUUGCGUGGAGCCCCAGAUCGAGGGAGAUUAUCAGUGGUCUUGUAUGUCUUCCAUUUCCUAAUAAUUGCUCCCACAGUUGAUUUCUUCAAAUCAAGCUGCUUACCUAUUGCAGAUUCAGUCUUCCCAGCCUGGUGCAGGUCUACAAUUUUGUUUCUGGUGUCCUUUGACAGCUCUUUGGUCUUGGCCAUAGUGGAGUUUGGAGUGUGACUGUUUGAGGUUGUGGACAGGUGUCUUUUAUACUGAUAACAAGUUCAAACAGGUGCCAUUAAUACAGGUAACGAGUGGAGGACAGAGGAGCCUCUUAAAGAAGAAGUUACAGGUCUGUGAGAGCCAGAAAUCUUGCUUGUUUGUAGGUGACCAAAUACUUAUUUUCUACCAUAAUUUGCAAAUAAAUUCAUAAAAAAUCCUACAAUGUGAUUUUCUGGAUUUUUUUCUUCUCAACCUAUGAUGAAAAUUACAGGCCUCUCUCAUCUUUUUAAGUGGGAGAACUUGCACAAUUGGUGGCUGACUAAAUACUUUUUUCCCCCACUGUAUAUUAUUUAGUAUAUGUAAAGACAAGAUUACAUCAAGAAUAGUCUGAUGGGUGACAAUAUUAGCCUAUCACUUGUGAAUGAUAUAUUAUCACUUGUGAAUGAUGCACAGCAUAAGAAACAAUGCCUUUUCUGUGACUUUUUCGAAUCAUAGUCGCACACCUCAUGUAGCCUAGCCCAUAGGCCUAUAUGUUUUAAUAAGGUUUGUAUCACAACUAAAGUGGCCAAAUAACUUCUUAAAAUUAAGCACAUUAAUCCGCUUUACAAGGGGUGUAGAGCAUUACUGGCAUAAGCAGCGCGUGAGUUUCAAUUUUGGGGAAGAUAAUUUGCACCAUAAAAAUGCACCUUUAUAAUAAAAGCAUUACAUGCAGAAUUGCAUUUGCGGUCACUUAUAGCCUACUACCAUGUGCGCAUUGCUGUGCUUAUAAUGUGAAGAAAAUAGCCCUAUAAUUUAUCAUUUUAAGCUAAACGUUCUGAUCUGUUGCGUAAGCACAUUGCAUUAAAAAAAUUUUGGAUGCUAGUGGUUGUAUUAAUUUGGGAUCUAUCGCAUCCCACAACUGUCCCAGACUAUGUUUGGAAUAUUUAUUUCUCGCACAGAUUAGAAGAGGUCGACUUUUGUACUAUGGGGGAUAGUAGAUUGACAUAGGCUAGUGCGUUUGCUGUUCGUUAGGCCUACUCAUCUUGUUGGCUGACGAAAAGUAAAUGUGGACAGUUCUUCCAAUAUCUUCAAUAUGCACCUCGGAAUUGGAUAAGGACGCGCGCAGUUGCGUCCCCGAUGUGUCUGUCUUCACUUGUAGCCUGUGAGAAAGACCUGAUCAUGUGAUGGAGCGCACAGCACUCAGGGAGAAGGGCACAACGGCCAAUGGCUGCAAAAGGCAAGGAUUUUUUUAGGGUGCAUUACAGCCACAUAAAGGGGAUGCCGCCGUGAAAUUCAAGGCAUUAUCAAGUGCUUGUCAAAUUGUGAAUGAGUGACUGGUGUAGUGUGUACAGCCUGUACAAAAAACAAAGCAGAGCUCAUGCCUUUCAAGCAACUUUUUUCAAAUCAUCAUUAGAGUCGCAUCAUGCAGCCUGAGAAUGUAUUAAAAAUCAAAACAUAUAGCCCAACGUUUGUAGAACAACUAAAGUUACAUUAAUAACUCUAAAUUAAGCAUAUAGGAAUACCUAUUUCUUUGUUGACCGCUCAACACAGAAUAGCUGCAUGUGCGGCACUCCCUCAAAUUGUUUGGAGAAAAUAUUCAGCUUUGUUCAGUUGUAUUCUUCAUGCUAUAAAAUAAUGCCAUGGAAUUCUAAGAAAAUAUUUUUUGCUAAAUGAACUAGUGUAGCCCACAGCCAUUUGGCAUAGCCAGAUCAGGACCUAAAAUAAGGACAACUCAAGAGUAUGCUAUUCUGUUCUUCUGAAAUAGACUACAUUUUCUUCAUAUCAUGCUUCUUUAGACCUGUCUAAAAUAAAUAAUGCAUUUAUUGUAGGCUAUAUUACAUGAAUGUAUUACUUUUUUUAAAUGUAGAUGUUCCAAAGGUCUGCGUCAGUGGCUUGUAGGCUAUGUGUGGAAGCCAGGAGAUGCUAAAUGUGAGACCGACAGUUAUUUGCUUGACAAUCACCGGCUGAUGAAAUUUUGUGACCUCCACAGCCCUAGUCAUGGGUUGCUAUAAUCGUUUACCUACAUGGGUCUCGGUUUCUCUUACUGUGUGCUGUGUUUGUGUGUAUACAGUACAUGUGGAUGUGGGUGUGCUUCCCUCCUUGUGACUCUGACUGUUUGUUGUCCACUCAGCCUUCACUCCAGUGUUCUGCGGACCGACCCAUACUCACGCAGGUCCAGCAGCAGCACCUUCCAGGAUGCAGGCUCUCUGGGGAAGUUUGACUUUGAGGUGGCAGACUUCUUCCUCUUCGGCUCUCCUCUGGGCCUUGUCCUCGCCCUGAGGAAGACUGUCAUUCCUGUGCUGGAUGGUAAGCCCACCUAAACAGAGGUAAAAUGAAUAAAGCACCUUAAAAAUGUGUUAUUUAACAUUUAAAAGUGUUGUGCUAUGAAUUGGGUGGUGAAAACGUAGGAGGUACUGUGGGGUCUUAUCUCCUUGAAACCCCCUUCUUCUCCUUUAUACGGUCGUCACUAGUUACCACAGCCACAAAGUCAGAAGGCCCGCCUACUCUACCAAUCAGAUGAGGGAAUGUGAUGACGCGUAUGCCGGUUUAAAAGGCCCGUCUACCCGACCAAUCAGAUGAGAGAGUGUGAUGACACGUUUCCGGUUCGUGGGAAACGCCUAAUUUCCGAAAUGGCAUAUCUCGAGUUCAAGUUUGCGGACUAAAUACAUUUGGGAACAAGAAUUGGCAACGUCAUUAAAAUUCAUAACAUUGAAAAAGGACAAACUUUUUUGGCAAAAGUGUAAGUUGUCUUUUCUUUUUUAGAUAACUAGUAACAAACUUUGGCUACUCUAGUCUAAAAUGAGCUAGCUAGCUAGCAUAAAGGAUUCCAUUCCAAGCACAGAGUUAUUCUGAGUGGCGCAGGGGUCUAAGGCACUGCAUCGCAGUGCUAACUGUGCCACUAGAGAUCCUGGUUCGAAUCCAGGCUCUGUCGCAGCCGGCCGCGACCGGGAGACUCAUGGGCGGCGCACAAUUGGCCCAGCGUCGUCCAGGGUAGGGGAGGGAAUGGCCGGCAGGGAUGUAGCUCAGUUGAUAGAGCAUGGCGUUUGCAACGCCAGGGUUGUGGGUUCGUUUCCCACGGGGGACCAGUAUAAAAAAAUAUAAAAAAUAAAAAAUAUGUAUUCACUAACUGUAAGUCGCUCUGGAUAAGAGCGUCUGCUAAAUGACUAAAAUGUAAAAUGUAAAUGUUAUUCUAUUUGAUAGAGCAACGUUGUUAGUUUCCCUACAAGCCUUUCAAUCUAAUAGUAAUAUAACAUAUUUUUGACCUUCAACAGAUGCACAGCCUUUGGCAGGGAAAAAAUAUACUGUAAAGAGCUUUGGGUGUCUAGAAAAGUGCCAUGUAAGUUCAAUCAAUUGCUAUUAUUAAAUGUUUUGUCACCUUCCAUAGCUUGAAGACCAUGCCUUUGUACAGAGAUGGAAACUGGACUGCAAGGCUAUGUUAAGUUAAAUAAAUAAAUUACUAUAGUAAGUGCCUAGGUGUCAAAUAAAGUAACAGGGUUGAAGUUUUCAUCUUAAAUCAGCCAAAAGAAUGGCCAAUUUCAAACAUGUUUUACUUGUGGAUUUUGAAAAUAAAAAUCUAAAAUCAAGAUGUACAUUUCUUUGUUUACAUGCCAUUUAAAAAACGAUGCAGAUAUUUGAGUAAACCUACACUGAACAAAAAUAUAAUAUAUUUUGAAGAUUUUACUGCGUUAUAUUUCAUAUAAGGAAAUCAGUCAAUUGAAAUAAAUGAAUUAGGCCCUAAUCUAUGGAUUUCACAUGACUGGGAAUACAGAUAGGCAUCUGUUGGUCACAGAUACCUUAAAAAAGAAGUAGGGGGUGGAUUAGAAAACCAGUCAGUAUCUGGUGUGACCACCAUUUGCCUCAUGCAGCAUGACACAUCGCCUUCGCAUAGAGUUGAUUAGUCUGUUGAUUGUGGCAUGUGGAAUGUUGUCCCACUCUUCAAUGGCUGUGCGAAGUUGCUGGAUAUUGGCGGGAACUGGAACAUGCUGCCGUACACUUCGAUCCAGAGCAUCCCAAAGUUGCUCAAUGGGUGACAUAUCUGGUGAGUAUGCAGGCCAUGGAAGAACUGGGACAUUUCCAGCUCCCAGGAAUUGUGUACAGAUCCUUGCGACAUGGGGCUGUGCAUUAUCAUUUUACAUUUUACAUUUUAGUUAUUUAGCAGACGCUCUUAUCCAGAGCGACUUACAGGAGCAAUUAGGGUUAAGUGCCUUGCUCAAGGGCACAUCGACAGAUUUUUCACCUAGUUGGCUCGGGGAUUAGAACCAGCGACCUUUCGGUUACUGGCACAACGCUCUUAACCACUAAGCUACCUGCCGCCUCAUGUUGAAACAUGAGGUGAUGGCGCCGGAUGAAUGGCACGACAAUGGGCCUCAGGAUCUUGUCACGGUAUCUCUGUGUAUUCAAAUUGCCAUCGAUAAAAUGCAAUUGUGUUCGUAGCUUAUGCCUGCCCAUACCAUAACCCCACCACCACCAUGGGGCACUCUGCUCACAACGUUGACAUCAGCAAACCGCUCGCCCACACAACGCCUUCUGCCCGGUACAGUUGAAACCGGGAUUCAUCCCUGAAGAGGACACUUCUCCAGCGUGCCAGUGGCCAUCGAAGGUGAAUAUUUGCCCACUGAAGUCGGUUACGACGCCGAGCUGCAGUCAGGUCAAGACCCUGGUGAGGGCAUUGAGCACACAGAUGAGUUCCCUGAGACGGUUGCUGACAGUUUAUGCAGAAAUUAUUGGGUUGUGCAAACCCACAGUUUCAUCAGCUGUCCGGGUGGCUGGUCUCCGAUGAUCCCACAGGUGAAGAAGCCAGAUGUGGAGGUCCUGGGCUGGCAUGGUUACAAGUGGUCUGUGGUUGUGAGGCCGGUUGGACGUACUACCAAAUUCUCUAACACGACGUUGGAGGUGGCUUAUGGUAGAGAAAUGAACAUUACAUUCUCUAGCAGCAGCUCUUGUGGACAUUCCUUUAAUCAGCAUGCCAAUUGCACGCUCCCUCAAAACUUGAGACAUCUGUGGCAUUGUGUUGUGUGACAAAACUGCCCUUUAUUGUCCCCAGCAAUAACCUGUGAAAUGAUCAUGCUGUUUAAUCAGCUUCUUGAUAUGCCACACCUGUCAGGUGGAUGGAUUAUCUUGGCAAAGGAGAAAUGCUCACUAACAGGGAUGUACAAAAAUGUGUACACAAAAGUAGCGAGAAAUAAGCUUUUUGUGCAUAUGGAACAUUUCUGGGAUCUUUUAUUUCAUCUCAUGAAACAUGGGACCAACACGUUUAUAUUUGGGUUCAGUAUAUUUGGGUUUAAGACAAAGUAACUAUGAGUAAGGGCAAACAUCAAGAUAAGCUUGCAAGCUGAGUUUGAAUAAGACAUCCGAUUACCACUUUGCAUUUAGAACGGUUGGUUUUAUUAUAGCUAAUCAAUUACCAAAUCAUUGAUGGAUCACUAGAUAAAACAAAUGCAUGUCUCUUGUCUGUCCCUGCAAGCCGGUCGGCAUAUGUGUCAUCACACUUCCUCAUCUGAUUGGUUGAGUAAGCAGGCCUUCUGACUUUGUGGCUGUGGUAACUAAUGACAACCCCUUUACGCCUGUUAACUCAAUUCAAUUUAAGGGCUUUAUUGGCAUGGGAAAAGUACAUUAACAUUGCCAAAGCAAGUGAAGUAGUUAACUCUCUGUCUCCCCCUAGUGGCCCAGCUGCACCCUACCUGCCAGCAGGUCUACAACCUGUUCCACCCAGCUGACCCCUCGGCCUCGCGCCUGGAGCCCCUCCUGGAGAAGAAGUUCCACCUCCUGCCCCCUUUCAAUGUUCCCCGCUACACACGCUUCCCCCUGGGGGACGGCAACUCAGCUCUACUGGGUGAGCACACUGGAUUGAGUGCUGGAAACUUGUACAUACACACACACACUCUUGUACCUGUAUGAGCAUAUAACUGUUGUGCAUUCAUAUGCAAAGAAAAAUUUACAUAUUUUGUUACAUUCAUAGGUUAUAUAACCCGUGUUUUGAUUAACCAUUGGGGACUCUGUGUGAUGUAACAGGGUGUGUAGAAACUGACAAGUGAUGGAUUAUGUAGUUCGUUUUCUUUCCCACAAGGAAUGUCUCAGACCUUUUGCCAGUGGUCUGUGGAUUGCUGUUAGAGGCCGAAAAGGCCUUCAAGUUGAGAAAAAUGUUCUAUUGUUUGUUCUUCAAGUCUUUGUGAAGCAAUGUUCUCAUCUAUAUGUUUUCAUGGUGCUGCUAGUUUCUGUUAUGGCUGGCUAGCUCUUACAGUAGAGGAACCUUACAGGCUACACUGCAUCCUUUCUGUUUAAGUAGGGCUCAAUGAUACACUAUUAUUCUGGAUAUCUAAGUUGCUAUUCAAGAAGUAAUGCUAGAGACUCAAUCAGUCCUUUGCUGAUACUCUUUUCCAUUCAUGGAUAUCCUUUAAUCAGCAAGAGCAACAAGGGAAGUGCUAGUUGUGAAUGGCUACUAGCUGUGAAUCUUUUUAUCUUAGAUAUGAUAUAAUAGAUUGUUAAGUAAUAUGAUGAUAGUUUUGAUCUAAUGAGCUGUCAGCCCAUAUCCUCAGGUUUACUGUGCAGCAUUGAGAAAGUUUAAAAGAUACAUUUUGGUUCGUUAAUCAGUAUGUGCCGAGGUACAUUUAAAUGUGAGUUAGAGCCAGCCGAGUCUGAAUUAGAAUCUAGUACCAGCAUUACCCUUCUACUGCUCACUUUAGCUCAACUCUAGAACUUGUUGUUGCCUUAGUUACAGCUACUGCAGUAUUUCCUGGGCUUGACUCGCCUUUGCUGUCUUUUCUGUGUCUUCAUUGUCUCCUUUUCCCCCUCCUCUCUCGGCCUCCUUCCCCUGCCCCCCUGCCCCCUCUCCUCUGACCCCCCCACCUCCCCCUCUAGUGGAGACAGUCCAGAGCAACCCUCAGCUCCUGCUCGAUAGUGGGCCCCCCCUCUCUUUCCGCUGUCAGGAGCCCAUCAGCGAGACCUGCAUCCCUGUGCCCGUGCUAAACUGGCAGGAGGGCUCCCUCAAGGCCACACCUGCUGUUCUGGAGUGUGUGUAGCGUCUCCUCUUCACCUCUCGGGGGGGAAGUCUCUCACUCUGUGUCAUACACGUGUAUUUUUGUGUUAGUUGCAGUUGCACCCUCCCUUUCCACACUGACUGUGUCUGUGUGUGUAUGUUUUCACACCCUUACCAAUACUGGUGCAUGAAAAUGCUGUGAGAAUGUUUACCCCAGUCAUGAGUUGGGGUCACAUUACUGGCUGUUCCAGGUCAAACAUGUCCUGCAUGAGCCCUGUUUCUGCAGUAUUCAGUCCAUUACCUUUAUUAUAGCUCAUUAGCAUGGCUCUCAGAGCCUGUCUGUUUACACUAUCUCUACGAAAAUGAGGUCAUUUUGCUAAUCAAAAUGUAAUAGUCAUUGUUGUUGGCAUUUUAGUGAUUUAGAGAGACAGCAAUGGCUUUCACAGUGAAUUAUUCAGAUAGGUACUUGGAGGAAACCUUGACCUGGAAGAGUCUGUCCUUGUUCUGCUGUGUUGUGCUUGCUGUUACCAUCAAUUAUGAAUGUCCUUUGUAAUGGUAUGAAAAUACAGUACCACUACCUGCAUUCAUUGUUGUGAUGUGGUUUCUUUGCUGCUGCAGCAUCUCCUUAACGACAAAUACAAGAGUUGGGGAGUGUGUAAAGGUGAUAGGAAAAUGUCUCCUUAUAAACCAUAACACUGUGACUAGAGAACUAUCUUCUCCUAGUGGGGGAUUUUGCCAAAUUGGAGGCUUGGAAGCUAUACGGAUUGUGUUGCUCAGAUGUCUGCUUGAACCAUGGAACCCUGCCGCUUGCAUUGUAAUUGUGUAUCCUUGUGUAUCCUUGUGGUCAAUAUAGUUUCUCCUGACCUUUCUGUUACAACAACAUGUUGAUUACACAUACUAAAUGGACUGUUAUCACCUUAGUGAUACAUGCUAAUAAUAAUCCAGCUAAUCCUUUGACAGACAUUAAACAUUUUGAGACAUAGUAAUGUGACAGCCAAUAGAGUAAAAGUUGCCACACAUGUCACUUUUCACAUGCUGUUUUAUUCAUCAGACUACUAUUUGACCACUCACUGAUUGCCCCAGAAAUCUGAUGUUGGCUCCUGCUGGUUUCACACCCACUGAAACCAUGGCCCAUCACAUAUCUUGGUUGCAAACCCCCUCCUUCUCAUCCUGUUUCCUCCCUGUUCAUCCACCUCUCCUCUCCUCUUGUCUAUGUCUAAUGGGAUAUCCUUGUUUCGGCUCAAUAGCGGAUGUUGUUCAGUCUCAUGGUGGUGUCUUCAUGGACAGUUCGUACCCCUCCUCCCCUGUUACGGGCCCCCACUGCCGGGGCCUGCGGAGGGGCAGUGAGGGCAGCAUUGCCAGCCAGGUCUCAGGAAUGGCAGACAGUUACACUGCCACCAACAUAGCCAACAGUAAGUGUUCUCGUUACCACAAGUAUCUCUCUCUCUCUCACUCACACUGCUCCAUCUCAACUCCUCUUUAAGUCAAUCUCUUCUCGUUUUCUCUCACACACACACACACAGACACACUGCUCCAUCUCAACUCCUCUUUCAGUCAAUCUCUUCUCUAGUCUUUCUCUCUAUUUCUCUCUCUCUUUCUCUCUCUCUAUUUCUCUCUCGUUCCUCUUUCUCUUUUCUUUCACCCCCUCUCUCCUUUCUCUCUUGCUCUCUCUUCCUCGUCCUACUCCACUUCAUUCUCAUCCCAAUCCUUUCUCUCUCUGAUUCUCACCCUCCUUACUCACACUCUGCACACAUCACUCAGUGCGCCGGAUCCCGAGCGGCUCUGUAGUGACCCAGUUGUGCCUGCAUUCACAGAAUAACUACUUAGUUACCUGCUAACUCAGCUCCAACACAUUACGACACCUGUGAUGGAUUACACUGCUCUAAGCCCCUUCAUCAUAGAGGGAGCGUAACAUCACCACAGACAUACAGUGGACCUUAUCCAUUGUUCAAAUACAAUGUGCCAGAAGAUUAAUACACUUCUACUGAAGAAUCAAAAGCUCACGUCCUGCCACUGCGUGUUUGUCCUACUCUGAGCCAUUGUUUGAAUGUAAAUGCAAAGGAGGAGUUCUGCAUUUGUUUAAUGUGUUUGCAAUGCAUGUAAAGAGACCCCGUUUCGCUGAGUCAUUCCUGCAUCGUUCGCUCCCUGUCGCACUGUCUACCCAGAUGCCCAAGCUUCUGUUGUGUUUGAUGUAAAGAAGAAUGUCUCCCAAAGUCUUGCUUUCCCUUGUAAUCUCUAUCUGAAGUGGAUAUGUCCUAUAUAAGGACCAAUAACACAUACAUACGCAUCACAUGGCUUUCAAAACAUUUACUAACGUUCUACUCAGUUGGGAAGUUGUAAUAGUGCAUUGAUGAGGUCAUUUCCAGUUCAUGGUCGUUGGAAGAAUUGCUUGUUGCUUGUCAAAAGCAAGUGCCAUGGAAUGCUUUUGUCGCUGUUCAGAAAUGCAACAAAAUGGAAAGUUUUGUCGUGAAAAAAAGAGUACGAAAAUGGGUUUUGUCAAAGAUAAUUCUAAUCUUCCUUUUUCAGUUCAUCUGAGGACCAGUCGGACACUUAAUUGAUUACUUUGUUUUGUAGCCAGUUUCAGGUUGUGAAUGCAGCUUGUAGCAGAAGUACUUCACACGUGUUUGCUAACUGGAAUUAACUGCACUAUAAGAUAUUGUACUCGACUGUAUGAAAACGAUUCCCUUUGUCAUUAUCCAUCAUUCAUUUUCACGUGGUUGAUUUAUUUUUGUUUUGUUUCCCAUAACACAAGCAUGCCAAAUUAACCAAACCAAAAAACUCAGCCUUUUGUCCCAAAUUGCCUUGACAUCACAAACCAAAUUCUCCCUGAGAAGCCCCCUCAAGUCCCCUAGAAAACAAAGGAGUGACCCAGUCCCAGGAACUACUGAUACAGAUCCAGGAAACGGGCCACAACCAGACCUAGAGGCAGACCCAGACGCAGACGCCAACAGAGGUGUGAGCCCCUGUGGCUCUGGUCAGUUAGAGACACUUGUCAGCUGGCCUGGAUUAUGCCAUAUAUGACCUGGUCUCACUGGACUCCAAGGCAGAAAUGGAUCAGGGUAUUCUUAUAAAACACUGGACCCUAUCAACUAUGUACCAAAUCCAGGCUCAGCCUACUACUGACUUUAUUCUGUGAAAUCCUAAUAUAUUGCACAAUCAAUCUCUUUUUAACAUUGUUCUUGUCUACCAGAGAUUUCUCUCAGCUUGUCUCGGUUUCUCCCUUUCUGUUUCUAUGAUGACCAUGUUCCCUGGUGGACUAUGUUUUUCGAAUACAGCACAGUCCCAUUAACUUCACAAACCAGACCAGUAAGAGAGACCCUCUACAUACUGAGAUGAUAUUGUGACUUUAAAAGUGUAACAUACCCAUCAUCCAAGAAUGCUACUUGCCCAACUUCCCAGUCUCUGCCUCACAGUUGACACCAUUCAACAAAGGCAAGUUUGUGAGCAGUCCACCACCAACUAAAUGUAUUAAUACUGAAGAUUCUUUACAAAACCAUCACACAAUUUUACCACUGCCACGUGGUGGAGCCCUAUGGACAUUGUAACAGAUUCAAUAGAGUGAAACAAUAACAAAACGGUUAUUCAGAAAUUUGUGCCCUAGCCUGUUCUGGAGGCAAACAUUACUUCAUCAGUGACAGUCCCAGUGUGAAUCCACUUAGUGAAGUUUUAUUUGGCAAAAUCAUUGACUUUAUAAUCCCAUCGUCCCUUUUCUUCAUAGUUCAUAUACUAAUACAAAUAACUGCUGGUUUGUUGCUAUUUACGUUGACUCGUGUCUUGAACCAACUUUAACAAUGUAAUUAUUGCAUAAUAAUGAUUAUCUUCCUUAUCUAUAUUUAUUUCAAGAGUAACAAUCUUCAACUCCUGCCUUACUUCCCCUAUAGCUGAGGAACUGCUGUGGACUAUCUGGGCUUUGAUAGUGGUUUAUGAUUGAGUACAGCCUUCAAUACAGCCAAACGGUUUAUGGUUGAACUUUUCCAGUGGUGUGUAUUGGGAUGUUUUGCCCCUCUGCCUUACUCACAUUGCAACUAUGCCACCCCACCCCUACCCAUGUACCCCCUCUCACCAUGCAGUCGCAGCCCGUUGGUGGGGCACCAAGCGGGUGGACUUUGCCUUGUACUGCCCUGAUGCCCUGACAGCCUUCCCCACAGUGGCACUACCGCACCUCUUUCAUGCAUCCUACUGGGAGUCCACUGAUGUAGUGUCCUUCCUGCUGCGACAGGUGAGCUCACCCCACAAACUUCCAUGGCCUGUGCUUCUGGCCCACUUUAAAAUGUACACUAAUGUAGCUAUGGUGAGUAUGUGUGUUGUCAUCUAUAUGUUUAUUUUAGAUUAUGCGGCAUGACAACUCCAGCAUACUGGAGCUGGAUGGUAAGGAGGUGUCAGAGUUCACUCCAUCUAAACCCCGGGAGAAGUGGCUCAGGAAGAGAACCCACGUCAAGAUCAGGGUACAGUCUUGCUGCAGCUACAACAGUGUUGACCACUUGAAGAGAUUCACUCUAGCUAACACUGUAAUUGUGUCUCAAUCUAUUCAUGUGUGUGUAUUUCUUUGACAGAAUGUGACAGCCAAUCAUCGUGUAAAUGAUGCAGUGUUCACAGAAGGUGGGCUGCAGAUCGUGACUGGCCGCUUCAUGUACGGACCUCUGGACAUGGUCACACUGACGGGGGAGAAGGUGGGCUCUCUCUCUCUUUUUCUCUCUCUCUUCUCUCUCUCUCUCUCUCAGCAAUCAGUAUGAUCAUUUCCCAUUAGAACAAUGCAAACAAUGGGUCUGUAACACACAAAGGCCUACAUACAAAUAUAGUUAUCCCUCCAUCCAUCCACCUUAUCCCUAUGUACUUAUCCCUAUGUACUUAUACCUCCAUCCACCUUAUCCUUAUGUAGAUAUCCCUCCAUCCACCUUAUCCCUAUGUACUUAUACCUCCAUCCACCUUAUCCUUAUGUAGAUAUCCCUCCAUCCACCUUAUCCCUAUGUACUUAUCCCUCCAUCCACCUUAUCCCUAUGUACUUAUCCCUAUGUACUUAUCCCUCCAUCCACCUUAUCCCUAUGUACUUAUCCCUCCAUCCAUGAGUCUUAUCUGUAUUUGUUUUCAGUUCAACAUACUUUACGUGUAUGUGUGCAUAUCCAAUGUGUUUGUGUUCAAAGUGGUCGUAUAUCUAUCUCUAUGCUGGUCCUUUGUAGCUCAGUUGGUAGAGCAUGGCGCUUGUAACGCCAGGGUAAUGGGUUUGAUUCCCAGGACCACCCAUACGUAAAACGCUUGACUGUAAGUCGCUUUGGAUAAAAGCGUCUACUAAAUGGUAUAUAUAGUAUAUAUUAUGUUUACAGGUGGACAUCCACAUCAUGACCCAGCCCCCGUCUGGAGACUGGGUGUACUUUGACACGGAGCUGACCAACAGCAGUGGCCGCGUGUCCUUCAUCAUCCCAGAGAGCAAACGGCUGGGGGUUGGCAUCUAUCCGGUCAAACUGGUGGUCAGGUGAGACUGGCAUCUAUGGCACACUCUUCUAUGGCCUCUUUCAGCCAAUCCGGUCCUGAGGCUUCAGAAAUGCUGACCUUUGUUUUUGGAGGGUUUUAGGUGACUCUGUCAAAAAACACUUACAUCUCUUUUGUCUUCUUUUUUUAUUCUGUUCCUCUGCCUCUUUUUCUUUCCAUAUGUCUCUGUCUCUUCUCCUCCAUCUUCCAAUUUUUUUGUGUCCUUCUAUCACUGCCAGGGGGGACCACACGUUUGCAGACAGCUACCUGACAGUGCUUCCCCAUGGGACAGAGUUUGUUGUGUUCAGUAUAGAUGGCUCAUUCGCUGCCAGCGUGUCCAUCAUGGGGAGCGAUCCCAAAGUGCGAGCCGGAGCAGUCGAUGUGGUCAGGUAACAUGCACCUGGCAUCACUUGGGAUUGAACAGUCAUAAGCAUCUGCCAAAAUGAUUUAUGUCUGUUUCUGUCUCUAUAACCCAUUGUGUUGCACUCUCUCCACUCUUUCUUAUACUGUUUGAUUUCUUUCCAGGCACUGGCAGGACCUGGGCUAUCUGAUCGUCUAUGUGACGGGGCGUCCAGACAUGCAGAAGCAGAGAGUGGUGGCCUGGCUGUCUCAGCAUAACUUCCCCCAUGGCAUUGUCUCCUUCUGUGAUGGCCUGGUCCACGACCCACUCAGACACAAGGCCAACUUCCUCAAGUCACUCAUGGAGGUCAGGAUGGGAGUGGGAGUGGGGGUUGGGUGGUGGGUUUGUUGAGGGUACUGGGGUGGGUAACAGGGGCUGGGGGUAGGUUCAGAAGUAGGUGAGGGCUGAGGGGAAUGGUGCAAAAUACAUGAUAGGUGGACAAUGAAGGGAUGAAGGAAGAGAUGGGGCAGACAAAAAGAUUGAGAGAUUUUCAAGUAAAUACGUUUUCUUGGUCAGAAUUUGUAGAUGACACUUUCAUUGCUGGUUCCACAGGCUCACAUGAAGAUCUUUGCUUGUUACGGUUCUACCAAAGACAUCGCGGUCUACACCUCCAUCGGCCUCUCUCCCUCCCAGAUCUACAUCAUUGGCCGACCCUCCAAGAAGAUGCAAGCUCAGUGCCAGGUACGAUACACAAGCACUGACUUUUUAGUUUAGUCCUGGUUUACCAUAUUCAGCACUUCAUUACAUUAUAUGACUGUCUCUUUCCCCUGCCUGUCCCAACAGUUCAUUACAGAGGGCUAUGCGACCCACCUCUCUCAGCUGGAGUACAACCAGCGCUCCCGGCCAGCAAAGACCAGCAGUGCCCGCAUGGUCCUACGGAAAGGCAGCUUUGGUGUGGGUGCAAACAGCGACUUCCUGCGGAAGCGGAACCACCUGCUGCGCACCAUCUCCGCCCAGCCGGCCUCCAGCUUGCCCACUGGCAGCGGCCACAGUAGACCAGAGCGCACAAAGAGCCAGUCAGACAGCCACAGCCAGCACGGCCCGGGACCAGCCCAGCGCAGCAUGAGCAUUGCAGCAGGCUGCUGGGGCCGCAGUGGCAGCACCAAGCUGGAGCCUGGGGUUUUCAACCCAAAGUAGGAGGAUGAAAUUGAGAAAGGACAAAGGUGAUGAGGAAAGGGAAAAACUGCAGAAAGAGAAAUUCAAGAAAUGAAGAUUGAGAUGACAAGAGAAUAAUUUAAAGAUGUGAGAGUGAGAUGCUGAUCGUAGGCUUUCAAAGCUCUAAAUAGAGACAGGAAGAAGAAUGAGAGAAUACAUGCAGUAAAGAGGUCAAUGUAACGUGGGGGAAAGCGCAAGGACGCUGUCAUUGGCGCCUAUUCAAAAAAGCUGAUCUAACAAAUUGGAUAUUCGUCAAAUCCAUCAGGAGUUUAUGUGUUCUAACAGGCCCACAAUGUGGUUACUAAAAUCAGAUUUGGAUAUAUUUGGCAGUUUUCGCUUCAUAAUAUAUAAAUGUCUGCUAAAUGCUAACUUCUGUUCGUAUAAGCUGGUAGUAAAGCAAGUCAUAGAAAUCGUUGGCGGUAAUUGAAGCCGUUUUUAAGUGUAAUGCUUGGUGACAAUAACAUAAACAUGACAUCCAUAAAAGCAUUAUACUCCGAAUUAUAAACUGGGUGGUUUGAGACCUGAAUGCUGAUUGGCUAAGAGCCAUGGUAUAUCAGACAGUAUACCACAGGUAAGACAACAAUUUAUUUGAACUGCUCUAAUUACGUUGGUAACCAGUUUAUAAUAGCAAUAAGGCACCUCGGGGGUUUGUGAUAUAUGGCCAAUAUACCACGGCUAAGGGCUGUGUCCAGGCACUCCGCGUUGCGUCGGGAAUAAGAACAGCCCUUAGCCGUGGUAUAUUGGACAAAUACCACACACCCUCGGGCCUUAUUGCUUAAUUCUACCCCAACAUUGUGUGAAAUACACAUAUAAACAAUAGCAUAAAUGUAGGCUAAUUUUGAUGGGCGACAAUGAGGAGAUUCUGAAUCUUGUGUGCAUGGUGUUUCUGAUGUUUUGGUCAAAUUCCAUUGAUCUCUUUACCACAUCUAUACAGCAUUGAAAACCUUUGGUGCUACGAACCAGUCUUUAUAAAGCAACACCAUCAAUAUACCUGAAUCAACAAAAAUAACAACAGGCAGAGGCAAUGCCUCUUUUUUUUUUCAGACAAUGAUACAAUGGAGAAAGGCCUUUUUAAGAAGCAUCUUAUUUAAGCAAGGAACAUGCAUGCACAGCACACAAACAAAACUCUGGCCAACAAUAGGAAGAGACUCCUAAAGAAAGAGACUUGGACUGUUUCUGAGUUGCAUAUUUUUAAAGUUUUUAUUUAUCAUAUAUGUCUUUAAUACCAUAUAUGGAUAUACAGAGUGUGUGUCCUGGACUGGGGCUUCAGAUUGGAGCUGGUUUCAUGCGGGUUCCAUAAUGUGGUAACUCCAGCGCCCCCAUGUUGCCGAUUUGGCUUAACUCCUGAUAGAUCCAUGUGCCCCAUCUCCCACUCUGGGGUACGCAGGUGGGUUGCACCAUGACACAGUCUACAGUCUCCAGAACCACACACAUACAGCCGAAAUAGAAUUAUAGCAGUGCUUCAGCAGCUGCAAUACUCUUAAGUCUGUAUACCAAUUGCGCUUUGAUUACAGUAGAGACCCCAAUCAUUGUCUGUUUUAUCAUACAGAAUGUGUUACAUUAUAGUCCACUGUAAUUAUUGCCUAUACUUAAGUAUAUUUAUGUAUAUCAAUUGCAGGGCAAACUUGUAUCACUGUAAGGUGAUGUGCCAAAGUAGGCAGUAUGAAAUUGUGCUCAAUUUACUACUGUAUGUGAAGGGAGAAGCUGAAUGGAAGAUGUCCGUUGAUUAUAUUGUAUGUAGAGCUGGGGUCAGGCCUACCAUGGGGCAAUUCUCUAGUAUCCUCUUCACACUGAGGACAUGCACAUUCAGGAUACACUUUUUCAUUAUUAUUUAACAUGUUACAUAGAUAUAAAUGUAUAUAUUCCUUUUUUGUGAACAGAAAAACUAUUGUUUUAGUGCUUCUAACUACAUAGUGUUUCAUUUUUUAUGUUAUUUUCUCAUGCAAUCAUCCGCAGCAGCCAAUACACAGCAGAGGUAUUUGCCUUCCAUAGUAUUGCAUUUCUACCACAUUGACUGAUCAUGCAAAUGAUGAGUCUUGUGUUAAUGUAUCUGCUAUCUUAAUGUGUCAUAUGUUUAUUAUGAUAUACACUACAUGGCCAAAAGUAUGUGGACACCUCGUCGAACAUCUCAUUCCAAAAUCGUGGGAAUUAAUAUGGAGUUGGUCCCCCCUUUGCUGCUAAUAACAGCCUCCACUCUUCUGGGAAGGUAUUCCACUAGAUGUUGGGACAUUGCUGCGGGGACUUGCGUCCAUUCAGCCACAAGCGCAUUAAUGAGAUCGGGCACUGAUGUUGGGCGAUUAGGCCUGCUCGCAGUCGGCAUUCCAAUUAAUCCCAAAGGUGUUCGAUGGGGUUAAGGUCAGGGCUCUGUGCAGGCCAGUCAAGUUCUUCCCACACCGAUCUCGACAAAUCAUUUCUAUAUGGACCUCGCUUUGUGCACGGGGGCAUUGUCAUGCUGAAACAGGAAAGGGCCUUCCCCAAACUGUUGCCACAAAGUUGGAAGCACAGAAUCGCCUAGAAUGUCAUUGUAUGCUGUAGCGUUAAGAUUUCCCUUCACUGGAACUAAGGGGCCUAGCCCGAACCAUGAAAAACAGCCCCAGACCAUUAUUCCUCCUCAACCAAACUUUACAGUUGGCACUAUGCUUUCGGGUAGGUAGCGUUCUCCUGGCAUCCGCCAAACCCAGAUUCGUCCGUCGGACUGCCAGAUGGUGAAGCAUGAUUCAUCACUCCAGAGAACGCGUUUCCACUGCUCCAGAGUCCAAUGGCGGUGAGCUUUACACCACUCCAGCCGACGCUUGGCAUUGCGCAUGGUGAUCUUAGGCUUGUGUGCGGCUGCUCGGCCAUGGAAACCCAUUUCAUGAAGCUCCCGACGAACAGUUCUUGUGCUGACGUUGCUUCCAGAGGCAGUUUGGAACUCGGUAGUGAGUGUUGCAACCGAGGACAGGCGAUUUGUACGCGCUACGCGCUUCAGCGUCCCCGUUCUGUGAGCUUGUGUGGCCUACCACUUCACGGCUGAGCCGUUGUUGCUCCUAGACGUUUCCACUUCACAAUAAAAGCACUUACAGUUGACCGGGGCAGCUCUAGCAGGGCAGAAAUGUGACAAACUGACUUGUUGGAAAGGUGGCAUCCUAUGACGGUGCCACGUUGAAAGUCACUGAGCUCUUCAGUAAAGCCAUUUUACUGCCAAUGUUUGUCUAUGGAGAUUGCAUGGCUGUUUGCUCGAUUUUAUACACCUGUCUGCAACAGGUGUGGCUGAAAUAGCCGAAUCCACUAAUUUGAAGGGGUGUCCACAUACUUUUGUAUAUGUAGUGUAUUUUGAAAGUCAAUCACUUCCUGAGCUGUAAAUGAGGCAUUGAAUGUUAUUGAGCAUGUAGACAAUACUAUUUAGGUUCAGUUGGGAGUUAUUUGUUGAAGCCUCCGAUGAAAAAUCUGUAGAUAUUUGUAAAAAUAUGCUUUGGAAAGUAGGAACAUACUGUAGAGUUAAGAUGAUUGAUUUUAGGAUUAUUCAUGCUAAUGAUGUGUGUACCUUUUCCCUGUUUCAAAACUGUGUAGAACUAUGACUGUAAUGGACCACUGAGUACUGAAAUGUUAGUGAGAAGGUGCAAUAUUACCCACAAUCAUGCCACAGCAGCAGAUCCACCAUAUAGAAAGAAUGCCACAAUGCAUCGACAAUCAGUUAAGCAGGCACAUGCAGCAGCAGAGACAGAACCUCGUGCUAACACACUCACAAAAUGUAUAGGUGCCCUGUGAUUUGAGACAUACGGGUAUAAACAUUUUCAAAGCACAUGAUCAUCAUAGCAAAUUGUUUAGCCAAAUGGGAUCUUGGUUGAACUGUCAUUACAUUUCUGGUGUGAUCCUGGGACAGCAAGGAAGACAGUGUUAGAGGUGUAUGGGGAGGGAGGAGCAUCAUGGUGAAGUGGGGUCCUCGCAAUCCAGACUGCUCUGGUCUAUAGCCCUGUUUAUACCUGGUACUAACAUGUGCCCGUUGUCCUGAUCUUGUCCACAUUCUGAUUGUGCCCACAUUUUCAGACUGGUGUAGACUAUUAAAAUACACAUUGUGAUCUGAUUGUGAUCAGAUCUUCCUGACCAGGCACGCAUUGUGUCUGGAUAUCAAUCUAGUGAAAGCAGAUAUGGAUGGUCAAACCAUUUAAAUUAUUAUACCGGCCUCUAAAAUCAUUGACAGGUAGCACAAUGUACUUAUGGCAUCAGUAAUGAAAGAAAAGCUUAAUAAUCACCAGUAAUUAUUUGACCCUUUCAACUACUCCUACAACUUUGACUUAUCAAUUGUCCCGUUAGCAAUAGACUAUAUUAGCAGACUUAGACCUAUUUCAUUUCAAACUUCACAUUUCUCUAGUAAAGGCUACUUAUUGUUGUUAUCCAUAUCAGUAAAAUGUCCUCGAUAAAUGGUCGGUUUUGAUCAUUUUCAGUUUAUCGUCCCAGCUCUAGUAGACUUGACUAACCUUAAUAAGAGUGAUUGGAUCAUACUGAUCAGAUCAUGAAACUCACAUGUUAGCACAAGGUUUAAAUGAGGCUAUUGUGAACCCAAUGUUCUAGAAUCCUUGCUUUACCACCAAUUCAUCUCAUACAUAUAAUAUGAGCUCAUGCUAUUCCUGUCCAUUGCCCUACUAUAGGCAUAUUUCAGGGUGACCCAGAAAGCAUCACCCCAAAUACACAUGAACAUGCAACAGGCAUGGUGAAGAAUGCAGUCAGUUGAGAUGGAAGGGCUUGUGUUGUGAAGAAAUGCAGUUGUAACUGAUACUUUGGGCUACGAGUCACUGUCCAUAUGAUAUGCUUUUUACCUUUUUUUGUGGCACAUAACUCUAAGGGCAACCCACAUGGAUUUCUCUGUAGACAACAGUCUUUCUGUGCAUCCUAACAGUGAAAUUGGAGAAGACUGGUUAGCACAUCCAGCUAAAAGAAAACAUACACCUCUCUAACAAUUAUUACAUGGUUGCUCUUUAAAGCAUCAGUCUUGCUCCAGAGAUACUGUAUCAAUCAACUGGACACUGACACCCCAAGAAUGUAAAGAUAGACUUGUGCAAUCAUCAGUUAUGCUCAGACAUAUCUGGACAAAGACAUUCCCCGUAGUUCUGCUACUGGCAGAUGCAGAUAUUACUAGAGGCCUUUCAGUACAGUCGUGGUCAAAAGUUUUGAGAAUGACACAAAUACUAAUUUUCACAAAGUCUGCUGCCUCAGUUUUGAUGAUGGCAAUUUGCAUAUACUCCAGAAUGUCAUGAAGAGUGAUAAGAUGAAUUGCAAUUAAUUGCAAAGUCCCUAUUUGCCAUGAAAAUGAACUUAAUCCCCCAAAAAAACAUUUCCACUGCAUUUCAGCCCUGCCACAAAAGGACCAGCUGCCAUCAUAUCAGUGAUUCUCUCGUUAACACAGGUGAGAGUGUUGACGAGGACAAGGCUGGAGAUCACUCUGUCAUGCUGAUUGAGUUAGAAUAACAGACUGGAAGCUUUAAAAGGAGGGUGGUGCUUGAAAUCAUUGUUCUUCCUCUGUUAACCAUGGUUACCUGCAAGGAAACACGUGCCGUCAUCAUUGCUUUGCACAAAAAGGGCUUCACAGGCAAGGAUAUUGCUGCUAGUAAGAUUGCACCUAAAUCAACCAUUUAUCGGAUCAUCAAGAACUUCAAGGAGAGAGGUUCAAUUGUUGUGAAGAAGGCGUCAGGGCGCCCAAGAAAGUCCAGCAAGUGCCAGGACCGUCUCCUAAAGUUGAUUCAGCUGUGGGAUCGGGGCACCACCAGUGCAGAGCUUGCUCAGGAAUGGCAGCAGGCAGGUGUGAGUGCAUCUGCACGCACAGUGAGGCGAAGACUUUUGGAGGAUGGCCUGGUGUCAAGAAGGGCAGCAAAGAAGCCACUUCUCUCCAGGAAAAACAUCAGGGACAGACUGAUAUUCUGCAAAGGGUACAGGGAUUGGACUGCUGAGGACUGGGGUAAAGUCAUUUUCUCUGAUGAAUCCCCUUUCCGAUUGUUUGGGGCAUCUGGAAAACACCUUGUCCGGAGAAGACAAGGUGAGCGCUACCAUCAGUCCUGUGUCAUGCCAACAGUAAAGCAUCCUGAGACCAUUCAUGUGUGGGGUUGCUUCUCAGCCAAGGGAGUGGGCUCACUCACAAUUUUGCCUAAGAACACAGCCAUGAAUAAAGAAUGGUACCAACACAUCCUCCGAGAGCAACUUCUCACAACCAUCCAAGAACAGUUUGGUGACGACCAAUGCCUUUUCCAGCAUGAUGGAGCACCUUGCCAUAAGGCAAAAGUGAUAACUAAGUGUCUCGGGGAACAAAACAUCGACAUUUUGGGUACAUGGCCAGGAAACUCCCCAGACCUUAAUCCCAUUGAGAACUUGUGGUCGAUCCUCGAGGCGGAUGGACAGACAAAACCCCACAAAUUCUGACAAACUCCAAGCAUUGAUUAUGCAAGAAUGGGCUGCCAUCAGUCAGGAUGUGGCCCAGAAGUUAAUUGACAGCAUGUCAGGGUGGAUUGCAGAGGUCUUGAAAAAGAUGGGUCAACACUGCAAAUAUUGACUCUUUGCAUAUACUUAAUGUAAUUGUCAAUAAAAGCCUAUGACACUUAUGGAAUGCUUGUAAUUAUACAUCAGUAUACCAUAGUAACAUCUGACAAAAAUAUACCAUAACACUGAAUCAGCAAACUUUGUGAAGACCAAUACUUGCAUCAUUCUCAAAACUUUUGACCACGACUGUACAUUUCCCCUUUUGCCUUAAAUUUGCUGUUUCCCUGGUCUGACUCAUGCCUCCAUGGAAUAAUCCUCCAAUAGAAUUUGCUGUAUGGUCACUGAAAAGGGCCAUUAUUUCCCAAUGAGACUUUGGUAUGACUUGUGUUUGGUUGGUUUUAUCUCCAGGGAAAUAGUAUAAAUGUACAUAGGAAUAUAUUAAAUAAAACGACUUGCACACUGCGCUUAAAAACAUGUUUCAUCUCACACGCUUAUUGAAAUGGCAAUGCUGACAAUUUGAUCACAUCAAAACGUCCCAAUACCUUGGCUUUGUUAAAGCGUGGUAUAUUUAGUAUACAUUUUAUUUGUGUUACUCUAAAGUUUGACAGUUAUAUUUACCAGUUCCCUGUGUUUCCCUGUACAGUGUAUAAAAAGUAAGUAUGAAGAACAGAAAUUAAAUGUGUGGUUACUUGUCUCUAAAUUAUUUGAAUGGCGGGUGUAAGAUUAGGUUUUAAACCUGUAACUGAAAUAGUAAAUACCCGAUGCACACAGGAAUGGUCAAGGAUAAUUAUCUAAGAAAAAUACUUUAUUACAUGGUAAAAAAGUAAAUCGCAUCACACAGUUGACUUCUGUUUUUGUGGUCAGUUUGAAUGUAUGUUUCAUUUAAUUUAUAAAAACUGACAGUUCAGCCAUCAUUGUCAUUCUGAAUUUCUGAUGCAUUCAGAGAAAGUCCAAAGUGAAUUGUGAUGAAAGGAUGCUGGUCAACUAAAAUAAAAAAUAACAUUUUAUUACAUUUAAUUUGAGCAAUUAAACAAAGUGUGGCCAAACCUAAUUUAAAGUGUGACCAAACAUUAUGUAUUUGAUUGAGUCACACUUGCAGUACAGUACAGUCAUAGAUAGGCACAGAAAGGGUUGUUUUUCACUUUCAUUUUGGAGACAUGUAGGGAUCCUGUCACAAACUAGGCACAGCCCAACUACCUGGAGAUUUAUUCUUCUGUCCUAUCUAAACACAAUAGUAUAGAUGGCUACUUCCUCCCAUAGCCUUUACAUCAGGGGGUUACCCUCUACCUGUUUAGUCCUAGUUUCUUCUGAAAGGAGUUUCCGUCUCCCUUUGUGGCUUGCUGUGACAAGAGAGGAGGGCCAGUGUUAGGUAGGCAUUUUUUUUUAGGUAGAUGACAACAUUUUAACCCACAGCACACAUAGCUGCAUGGCCUUUGAUGGUUUUCCAUUUACCUUGAUGUCUUUGUGUCUCUCUUUACUGACAAUCUCCUCAAUGAUCUCUCCCUCUCCCCUUAUCAGCCUGAAAAACAAAAACAGAAGGAAUAAAAACCAGCACACACCCAUAUAGGAAUAGAGACUGAAACUACUGAACCAUAGAUGCCAUGGGAACACUGUUGUAUAUAGCGUUGGUGUACCUGGUGCGUCCAGUCUCAGGGUCUACCACCCUGCGGAUGACACUCUGCUUAGCCUCAUACUCCUCCUUUGUUAAGGGCCUCUUGGUGGAUAGCCUGGCUUUCUGCUCAUCUGUCAUUGCUACAGAAUGGACAAAAACAAAACAUCCAUCUGCUCAGCUUUAUAUCUGGUUUCAUCUUCCAUUCUUUGUUGAGCUAG